AUGUAUGGUACGGAUUGUGUUAGACCUAGGUCCGGGAAGUGAAAGCUCAAAUCCCAGCACAGCCAUGGUCUCCCUGGGUAACCAUGAUCACAAGAGAUACCAUUUCGCACCUCCUUGAAUGAAGCUUCACAACCCAGUGGCACACUCGCCCUUCCUGGUAAGGUAGGUACAUGCAGAACACGUUGGCAUUGGUUAUCGAGGAAGAUUCUGUUUUGCUUCUGCCUCCUACUCUGUGCUGGGUAGAAUGUGAGGCUGCUGGAAUAGCGCCCGUGACAUUGUUUGAUCUUUAUCCCGCCUGUAAUUAUCAGAGCAUCAUCUUUUUAUAAGCGGAAUAAAACAAGACUUAUUGCAAAGCCGCUGCAAAGCUGGGUUCCUUCUCAAGCCGAGCGUAGGAAUCAGGUUGGCGUUAGUGAGGUUCCCACAUCAUCGUGUGCUUGGACGCCUUCCAGUCGAAGCUGCAAGAAAUGCUGAGUUUCAUUUUCAGCCGUGGCAAGUCUUUGGUUGUCCUUUGGCAUUUGAUCGUUUGCAACAUUCAGAGUCUUCGUUUACUGUAUUUUUCUGUGUUUAAUAUGCCGCCGUGUAUAAGACAUCCCUGUGUAUAAGAACCCCCUAUUUUGGGGGACUCCAAAUUAAAAAAUGGGGGUAGAUUGCCCAGAGUUGUUGAGCUUUUUUGGGGCAGAAUUGUGGAGCCUUUUUUAGGGGGGUUUGCCAAAAAUCACUCACUUUCCUGACCUACGCUGCCACUUGCACGCGUCGCCAAAACCACCCAUCGUCUGUCCCCUCGUGAAAGAACCCACAUCAAUUGCCUGUCCAUUGAAGUGGGGGGGGGGGAGAGUGGGGAGAUUGGGAACCACUCAACGCCUCCCAAUGUUUUUAUCUCACUUUCCCCUCCCUUUGUUGUUGUUGUUUAGUCGUUUAGUCGUGUCCAACUCUUCGUGACCCCAUGGGCCAGAGCACGCCAGGCACUCCUGUCUUCCACUGCCUCCCGCAGUUUGGUCAAACUCAUGCUGGUAGCUUCGAGAACACUGUCCAACCAUCUCGUCCUCUGUUGUCCCCUUCUCCUUGUGCCCUCAAUCUUUCCCAACAUCAGGGUCUUUUCCAGGGAGUCUUCUCUUCUCAUGAGGUGGCCAAAGUAUUGGAGCCUCAGCUUCACGAUCUGUCCUUCCAGUGAGCACUCAGGGCUGAUUUCCCUCCCUAAGGAAGCCCAAAGCAGCUAGUGUCACCAUUCAACAAUGAAUCGGAUAUUUUCAGAAGACAAUCAAACAAUAUAAAUCCUUGUCUCACUGGGUUCCCAUAGGCAACAGGAAAUUCUAUGCAGGUGAGCAGGCUGCCUGGGAAAGGAGGGGUAGAGUUCUCCAUCCUUGUCCUGCCAUCCUACUGCCACAGAAGAGAGGGUGUUUCUUAUGUCACACCCAGCUUGGAAAUAAAACAAUUGCUUCUAUGCUAACCAGCUUGGUUUACAUGCUGGCUGCAAUCAGCACAGACACCGGGGGCGCUUAGGCUAGUCCCCCACCCCACCCCAGGGCUGGUAAAUGUUGUGGGUGUAUCUACAAGACUGGACUAGUUAAUGACUAGUCAGUCGAUACAAAACCACAGCUUCUCGUUCUCAGUUGUUUGUCUGCUUUGAUUUCUCUCAGAUCGGCGCAGGAUUCCGCUUUCUAAGUUCAUAUGUUCCUUCCCAGCUCCUUGGUGUGGCAGCCGCUCAAAUGCAGAGCAAUGGCCCCAUAUGUGGCUUGCCAAUGGUCCAGGAAUUCAAUCAUAACAGCAGCUAACCAUGCUUAGCAGCAGCUGAGCUUCACAAACCAGCUUCAAACUCUGACUUCAAGAUCCUGGUUUGCUGGCACCAAAGAAACCAUGGUCAGGUCAAUGUGCUAAAACAAACCAUGGUUUCAUAUUAUAGCUGGAUAUGGGAUAUCUGAGCACAAUUCAAAGUGUUGGUGCUGACCUUUGAAGCCCUAAACAGCCUCAGUCCAGUAUACCUGAAGGAGCAUCUCCACCCCCUUUGCUCAGCAUUGAGGUCCAGCUCCGAGGGCCUUCUGGUGGCUCCCUCACUGUGAGAAGUGAGGUUACAGGGAACAAGGCAGAGGGCCUUCUUGGUAGUGGUGCCCACCCCGUGGAAUGACCUCCCAUCAGAUGUCAAAGAAAUAAACACCUGACUUUUAGAAGACAUUUGAAGGCAACCCUGUUUAGGGAAGUUUUUAAUGUUUGAUGUUUUAUCGUGUUUUUAAUAUUCUGUUGGAAGCUGCCCAGAGUGGCUGGGGAGACCCAGCCAAAUGGGCUGGGUAUAAAUUUAUUAUUAUUGUUGUUGUUGUUGUUGUUGUUGUUGUUAUGCUACCACUUUCUGUUCUAAUCAUGAUAUUUUAUUGUUAUCUAGACAAGACCUAAGGGAAUUUUCACAAGUGAGGCUUCCAUAUCCAGGCAUCUGUGCUGAAUGUAAUGUUUCUGUUGAUGUUACAAAUGUGUCGGCAACAGGGGUAGAAUCUUUGCCAGUCCACAUUCCAUCCUGGGAACAUUCUGGGGGUCACAUGCAAGUGCUGGUCAGGGCCAGAGACAAAAGUGGAUGAACCGAUUGAUGCUAUUCUUCCUUCCGUUCUAGCCACAUAUAAAUCAAAGGUUUCUACACACAUACAUCUUUCCAUCCUUCAUCCAAGCAACCGAGAAGCAUCUUCACAGUUCUGCAGUACAUUCUGGCCAGACUUAGCAAUACAAAAGUAAAGCUCUGUGUGCUAUUUUAAUUCCAUCACUGCACAACUGGAAGUUAGCCCCGUGGUUCUAAAGGAGUUUAUUUCAGGUUUGCUUCAAACCUAUCCAGUGACAUAGCAUAGCUUGCUAGUGCCCGGGGCCACACAGAGGGUGGGAGGGAGGGAAACAGCUGGAGUACCAUGCGCAUUCAACUGCCCAGGAGAUUGCAGCCACAGAGAUAAGAAGAGUUUUUCUGUCAUCUGGAGGGGUCACUUCCUGGUUCACAUGGAGAAGGAGCUUUAAACGGAGUUCAGCGGCAGAAAGGAGCAGCUAUAUUGAGGCAGCACCAGGUGUUGGUUUUUUGUGCCCCUAACAAUUUUGCACCUGGGGCAACCACCCCUGUGGCCCCCCACCAUGUUAUGCCACUGACGCUAUCAUCGCUUACCUGGGAGUAAACCCCACAGAGCUCCCUGUGACUUUUACACAGAUGUAUACAGUAUAGGAUUUCAAAGCGCUUAAUCUAUCACUAAUCCUUACCACUACCCUUUAAGAUAGGCCAGUAUUCGCAUUUCCAUACUGCUGAUUGCAGGGGAGAAGAGUGGCUAUGAGCGACCGAGACUCGCCAAAGGCCGCCCACUAAAUUCAUAGCUUGGAUAAAGUUUGAAACAAGAACUUUCUGAUUUACAGCUCAUUCCCUUAUCCACUACAUCACCCUAGCUGGCUGUUCUUUCAUAUUCACUAAGAAAACACAAUGCUGAUUGUCCACCCCUCUGCUUCCACCCACUCUCAGUCGUGUAUCAGCUUCUUGGUAGUGAAAUCACGUUUGGGAAAUUUGCAGUUUUGUCCUUGCCAUGUUUUACGAACCAUUUUAUUUAACACCUAGUGCUUUACUCCUGAAGGAGGGAGUGGCGGUACUAAUUAUGAGUGUUUUUCUUCUUCUGAAAACCAGAGCAGCCUUCAGUGAGCUGUUCCGUAAUUUACUAUGACCCAAGUUGCCUUUAAAUGCUAAGCCAGACUUUAGCAAGAAUGAACAAACAGGCAGAUUCUCAGAGUAGAGGGUGGCAACGGACGCUUUCCUUCUCUGCUCCUACUGUUGCCACGCUACUUGUGGCUAAGAAGAAGAGUUUGGAUUUGAUAUCCCGCUUUAUCACUACCCGAAGGAGUCUCAAAGCGGCUAACAUUCUCCUUUCCCUUCCUCCCCCACAACAAACACUCUGUGAGGUGAGUGGGGCUGAGAGACUUCCGAGAAGUGUGACUAGCCCAAGGUCCCCAGCAGCUGCAUGUGGAGGAGUGGAGACGCGAACCCAGUUCCCCAGAUUACGAGUCUACCGCUCUUAACCACUACACCACACUGGCUCUAAGUCAUGGUUUGGUUGAAUGUGCUCUGUCCAAACCCAGACUGAUGGUUUGUCUAGUUCCAGAAUAAAACCAGAACCUGUAAAAAAAUGUUCGUUCUUGGUCUGCCACUUGUGGUUUGUCUGGAGAAAAACAAGGCAUGAGCUCAAAUUUGGACAUAAUAACACUAAACCAAACUAUGGUUUAGCCCUGGAAGCAAAAGGACUGAGGGAGACUGCAGCAGCCACAAUCUAUUCUCUUUGGGGGUUUGUUAGUACUUCUCAUUAUCUGUUCAAGUUUCUAGUCCCUAAGUGGGUGGGAUUCCUGCAUUGCAGGGGGUUGGGCUAGAUGACCAUGAGGGUCCCUUAAAACUCUGCAGUUCUAUCAUUUUAAGCCCUUCUGAGCUUUCCAUCCACCUUGGAAACAGCAUCAUUUUUUAUCAGAGCAACUGACGAAGGUGGAAGCUGAAACGUUUUGCUAUAAGGAUUUAAAAUUUCUGCUUUGUUCAUUGCUUUGAGAGUCUCUGGGCCCAAAAGUGUUAACUACAUACAUAUAUACAGUGCUUUUUUUCUUUAAAAAUGUCUAGGGGUACUCUCAUUUUCCUACUCAUAUUGAAAUACUGAUCCUCAAUGAGGCCAAACUUAGAUUCACAAAAUGUUUAGGGGUACAUGUCCCCUGCAUCCCCUCCCCCGAAAAAAGAACUGCAUAUACAUACAUAUACAUACACCGCAUAUACAUACAUAUAUACAUAAAACAUUUGCACCCAGAAAAUCACAUGCAGUAAGGGUAGAUCUAAACACAGGAAAAACACAUGCUAUAAUUAAGUUAGAAGUUAGAUUGUUAUAACAAAAGAAAAAACCUCUAUGAAAAAUCACUUUUUAAAUUUGACUGCUCUCUGGUGCCAUCUGGUGUUGCAUGUUUAUAGUGCAUUCAAAUCGCUAUUUCAGUACUAAUGUAGCUGAGCCCUAAGUAAUAUACAGUUAUUGGCAGAGAGGGCAGAAGAAACCAGUAAUGGCACGAUUCAGUGGGAUUUCCAAUAUUGGAUGCCAUGUCAUCAUUGAAACUUUUCACUAGCUUUUGCAAGUGUUCUUUGCCUUUCUGAGCGCUGAAGAAGUGAUUAGAGUCCAUGCAGAUGAUUGCAGAUGGCUCAGACAUUAAAUAUGUUGUUUAGCAACUGCUGAUAUUUCUAUUAUAUGUUUGCAGGGUAUGGCUGAUUGUGUAACAGGAAGCAUGAAUCACCUGGUAAAGACAAAUCAGCUAGAUAAAGAGAUAAGUGUUGUCUUGGGUAUGGGAAAAUUGAGAUUUUGCAAAUGGCCCAAUCUGUUUGGUAUAAUAGGUUAACACAGACUCUUUUAUAAGCUGUUUGCAUGCACUGUCAUAUUCAGUAUUCUGCUGUUUUGGAAUAAAGCCUGCUUGAAGUGUAGCUCUUCUUAUUCCUUUUUUGUUUUUUAUUAAGUGAUGCCGAAGAACAUCUUCAAAUGGGCAUUCUGUGGGUGGAGAACAUGAAGAUCAUGAGAAAUGAGGAGACUGCUGAAUCUCUGCGUGGAGCUAGCUGUGUGGUAAACAACAGCCAUUUUAGUCACACACACAAAAUUGCUAAUCAUGAUCAACUGGUUAGAAUAAGCAUAUGCAGAACUUUGACGUAGGUUUUAUCAGGCUCUGUUUUUGAGAAGAGGUCUGCGUUUUUACUAAAACCUUUUUGAGGGAGCAUCACUAUCACAACACCUACCUGCUGAUGUUUUAAGCUUUGCAUAAGGCUCUAUGUACAGCAGGGGUAUACAACAGAUGACUGGCGGAUGAAUUGUCCUGCCCAUUUCAUACUUGAGUUCUGAGCAUGCUCAGAGCUGUUUCCUUGAAGGUCACACCUACAAACAGUUCCUAGCACAGUUCAUAUGAUACGCAGGCAGGCGGGAGGGUGUGUUUGCUGCUUUGAACAGCUUUCCCCUUUGUUUUGUGACUCUGCUACAGAGAAAGCGCAACAGUGAACCUGUGUCUCUUUCUGUAAUAAACAUUUAUUCUUUACUUAAUACUUUUGCCUUUAUUUGUGUGAAAGGGGGAUUGGGUGGAGAUAUUGUGGAUGACUUUUUGUGUGUGUGGCAGCAGCUUGUGUGGGUCAAAAGCAGUAUACCAAGAGUUUGGGGAAACCAUUAGAGUCUCCUUGCUCUGUCCUCUAGGGAUCAGAAAGCCAUAUAGGCCAGCAACGACUAUGUUAGUUGGACAGGGGGGAAACAAUUGAGACUGGUGAGUGAGAAAUGUCUAGGGUUAAGCCAUUCAUUUGCCCUCCCUGCUAUCUGUCUGAUUCCUUGCAUUCACUCAGUAAAAAGUGCUGCAGCUGUUAGGUGGGUCAUAAGUAGUUGGUGUGAGCAAUUCUAGAGUAUUUUUUAAGAAGCUGUAUUUAUACAGAGCUCUCGUUCCAACAGCCUGACACCCAAACAUUAGCUGGGGGGGGGGAGGUAGGGUUAGGGUUACAAAACAGUAGAUAUGGGGGCUGAUUGAACUUUCAAGGCUCCAAAGCCCCUUCCUCUCCCAUAGUUUAAGUUCAGAACAUCUUGCGUUCUGAACAAUUUGUUACAAUGAUUUCCAAAUGGCUCGGCAGUUAAUUAAAAGUUUCCUGUUUGUAGUUCCUUGCCUGUUUCUACAGAUCCCUCUUUAUCCCUUUAAUAAAAGGGAUUCGUCUAUAAUUUAUUCAUUGAAUAUUUUCUCUUAAUUGUUCUAGCGACAGUUGCUGUUCCCAGUAGAGCUGUGUGGCGAUGGGCAGGCUAAGCUUUAAUUGAUUUAUUCCAUCUGAGUUUUUAUGUUCUUCCUUACAUCAAAACAUAGGAGAGGCACCGCAAGCGAGAAACUUGUCAUGAAAGAGACAAGAGUUUGGGAAAGUCUCAGUAGUACCGUACUUUUCCUGAUGAGCUAGUGCCACAAUCAUGUCUUACAAUCUGUAUUUAUAAUCCAUUCUGGGUUUGGGGAAAUUCUGUAAAGAAUUGUAAGCACGGUAGUUUGUUCAAAGCUGCUAGACAUUGCAACUUUAUGAAGGGUGAACUACGGUGCUCAGAAUUUUUUACAGAGAAGAAUGUGCUUUGAUUGUGCUUUAAAGAGAUUUGUGUUUGCUAAAAUGUAUAGAACAAGUUCUAAAAAGUGUUGGAAAUGCAGAGAAAAGGAGGGUACAUUCCAUCAUAUGUGGUGGGAAUGUAAGAUUAUUAAAGCUUCUGGGAAAUGAUUUAUAAUGAACUGAAGGAAUUUUUUUUAAUAACUUUUGUUAGAAAACCAGAAGCCUUUUUACUUGGAUUGAUAGGAACUGAACUCCCUAAAGAACAGAAGAAAAUAUUUAUGUAUGCUACAACAGCCACCCAAAUACUGUUAGCCCAAAGGUGGAAGGAAGAAAGGAGACCGACGAAAGAAGAAUGGCAAAUCAAGCUAAUGGAUUAUGCAGAAAUGGCAAAACUAAUGGCAAAGCUCAGAGACUAUGAUAACGAGAAGUUUUAAAAAGAGUGGGAAUCGUUCAUUGUUUAUGUGCAAAAAUACUGUAAACAGAAUGACACAUUGGCAGGAUUUUAAGUAAACGCUUGCAACUAGCAGAAAAUUAGAAAAAAAUUACCGUAAGGGAAAUAGUAAUUGGAAAAGUAUAAGUAUGGAAAUGCACAAGAAUUUGGUUGAUAUAUAUAAGGAUCCAGAAGAGGGUAUGGAGGGAAGUCCAUUCAAAGAAUCUCAAAGAGAAGGUUCGUGAAAAUGUAUUUGUAUAAAUCUAAUCUGGUAGAAAUGUGAAUUAAUUUCUGUUUUUAAUUGUGAAAACAUAACUGUGGAAAAUUAAUUUAAAAAUAUUUACAGGGGGGGGAAGAAAAAAAAGAAAUACAUUCUGGGAUGGGGGAAAUUCGGUAAAGAAUUCUGAGCACUGUAGUUUGUUCAAAUCUUCUAGGCAUUGCAACUCUACAAAGGGUAAAUUACAAUGCUCAGAAUUCUUUAUGGAGAAGAAUGUGCUUUGAUCGUGCUUUAAAGAAAUACGUGUUUGUGAAGCCAAUAUGCAUUCUACAGAUACCUCAUUCUACCAGUAGACGAUCUUGUUAGUUUUAAAAAUGCUGUGCUCCUUAUAUGACUCUUGUUUAUCCCUGAAAUCCUCGUGGGAUAUUUUCCUCAUGACAUUUUUAACAAUGACCCAUUUGGGCCCUUCUCUUCCUCUCCAGUCACCAAUGCAAAUCUAACAAUUAACCAAGGGUAAAUAUAGCAGCAUGACACAUUGUGUUCUCUUUAACACCCCCUCAAGGGUUAGAUUGUGGUGUUUGGGCCUGAGCUGAAGCUAUUUGGAGACUGUAGUAAGCCUGCAGGAGGAAAAUGGAAGGAUUUUUGUUGCUAGACAGACUCACUUUCUAGUCCCUGACACUGGGGAGCACUGAGGAGCCGCUUCACGUGGGCUCAUUCUGAUAUUUGGUUAGGCUGGUUGAAUGCUGAACCGGUAGCAAUGGUCUGCAUAACGAAGGCAAACGAGUUGAUUUGGAAAAGCAAGAUAAUAAUGAUGACCUGAGUCAUGGUGGUCUCUUUCUUUCUACUCAUAGAUUAGGAUUACUUGUACAGAAAUUGAAAUAGACUCGGAGUCGAGAGUGGAUUUCAUGCUCUUUAUUCAGCUCAUAGUGGUGAGGAGGAAUGGAAGUUCCCCCAGAAUGUCUGCCUUAUAUACAUUAUUUACACAAUGGGCUCUACAUGAUUGGCUAAUUCCGGGAUUCUCCUGUAGGCCAAUCAGGUUGCGGAUUCCCUUCCAUCUGGAGCUGGAUUGGGUGGCUCCUGUGGACCAAUCAGACUGCUGCAUUCUGGGUCCUAUUGUUCUAGGACCAAUCAGACUGCUGCAUUCUGAAUCCUAUUGUUCUAGGACCAAUCAGGCUGCUGCAUUUUGGAUCCUAUUCAACUCAGUACAUAACAACGCUGGACGCAUGCGCCAUUUUUCACCAAACACUUUUCAAUGGUGCUACUACCUAUGCGGCUGCAUACCCUCCAACAUUCCCUUUCACUCCCCCUUUUUUCUUGCCUAGGGUGGCCCUAUCCUCUGCCUGCCCCUCAGAGCUGGUGCGUCACACAGGGCUGGGCCUUGGCCGCUGCAGCUUCUCUUUCUUCUCCUCACCCGCUCUCCAGCAUCUGCUAAAGGCAGGUGGAGCUUGCCGGGAGCUUGCCGGGCUGAGGGCGGGGGAAGCCCGAACUUCCCCCGACCCCAGCCCCCAGAAUGGGUCUGGGAGCGAUGGCGAGGUUGUGCUAUCCGCAAGCCUUCUGAGCCCGGUGGGAACUCCUGCCAGGCUCCGAAGGCUUGCGGAUAGCUGCCCAAAGCCCGGGGUGCGCAGCGCUGCUCUCCCCGGGCUUCGGGCUGCAGGCUUGCGGAUAGCUUCGCACCGACCCCUCUCGCUCUCCAGGCUUCAGCGAAAGCCUGCAUUUGCUCCAUAGGACGCACACACAUUUCCCCUUCAUUUUUGGAGGGGAAAAAGUGCGUCCUAUAGAGCGAAAAAUACGGUACUUCUAUUACUUUGUUUCAACCAUAGACUUAUUAUACUUCUACGGACUUUCAAAGAUUGACAGACGUGUGUUCAAUUGAUUUCAAAUAUAUUAGAGAAUUUACAAGUGCACACAUUUUGUUUUUGUUACUAAAUCAUGUAUGUUAUGCAAUAAGAAUUACAGUGCUAUCUAGAAUACCGGUCUGCGUGUUGCUUGUAUUGUUUGUUGUGUUAAGGUUGCAACACGGGUUUGUUGUUCUGUACAAAGGAGGAGGCCGCCACCGCUGGUGACCAUAGAGAUGCCGCAACCACCGCCACAGUCGUAACUCGGGACAAGCGCCGGUUCAUCCUCUUUCCUGAGCUUGCCAGCGCUGGCGCUGGCAAGGGAAAUAGGGGCAUUCCGGAAGGUAUGGAAAGAAACACGGCACUCAGACACACAUAAAAAGUCCUCCUACCCCCGAAAGACAAUAUAAAUGUUAGAAAUCACUCCAUAAAAGUAUACUUUGGAUUCCUCCCACAUAGCUGUUGUCAACAAAAACUGCUCCCUUUCUCUUAUGGGGUACACAAGAGCCCUUAUAGAGUCCUAUGUAGGUUUUCCAUCAGUAGGAGAAAAUAACAGAGGCCAACCAGAGAAUACAGUGGUACCUCGGGUUAAGUACUUAAUUCGUUCUGGAGGUCCAUUCUUAACCUGAAACUGUUCUUAAUCUGAAGCACCACUUUAGCUAAUGGGGCCUCCUGCUGCUGCCGCGCCACUGGAGCACGAUUUCUGUUCUCAUCCUGAAGCAAAGUUCUUAACCUGAAGCACUAUUUCUGGGUUAGCGGAGUAUGUAACCUGAAGCGUAUGUAACUUGAAGCGAAUGUAACCCAAGGUACCGGUGUAUUGAGACGCAAAGCAGCUAGUAAGCCUGAUGUUGCAACAGGGUGCUCCCCUCACACGCAGGAAGGAGGAAGACCCAGAACAAAGGUGUGCCUGCCCUUAUACAGACUUUUGAACUGCCCACCCUGGAGCCCAAGAGCACCCCCAGAAACAUCAUACUUACUUCAGAGAAGGGGCGGACUACAACAGAAAUCUGAGUGCGUUGUUUUUAUCCUGUCUGCCCGGUUACCUGAUAAGGAUUACCUCGGCAUCCUGGCCACUCUUUUGUUAUGAUAACUACUCAGUUCCUGAAUCCAGGUCACAGGCUCACCCUAUUCAUACCUUAAAUGUGCCCAUGAGACAGGAUUUGUGAGCAAAGAAACAAUGGGGAGGCUUCCCAUUUCCUUCGACCUUGCAGAGGAAUAAAGGUAAAGGGACCCCUGACCAUUAGGUCCAGUCGUGACCGACUCUGGGGUUGCGGUGCUCAUCUCGCUUUAUUGGCCGAGGGAGCCAGUGUACAGCUUCCGGGUCAUGUGGCCAGCAUGACUAAGCCGCUUCUGAUGAACCAGAGCAGCGCACGGAAAUGCCGUUUACCUUCCCGCUGGAGCAGUACCUAUUUAUCUACUUGCACUUUGACGUGCUUUCGAACUGCUAGGUUGGCAGGAGCAGGACUGAGCAACGGGAGCUCACCCCGUCGCGGGGAUUCGAACUGCCAACCUUCUGAUUGGCAAGUCCUAGGCUCUAUGGUUUAACCCACAGCGCCACCGAAUAUUUGAGGUCAAUUUGGAAGAGACAAAUGGUCUCAGGACCUUUUCUGUGGUUCUCAGACGUGUGGUCUAUACAUUUAUGUAUUUGCUUGCUUGGUACAUUUAUGAACAUUCAUAUAUUUGUCUUUAUAUAUAUAAGACAUUAAAAUUCUUAUAACAUAGCAAAAAGCAAAUCAAUUCCAGCAUGCAGGUGAUGACGUUACGGUCUAUUUUGUUCCCAACAAUUAUUUGCUACACUUGAACUCCGCCUUUCCUUGAAAGAGCUGAAGGCAGUGAAAAAGAAACAUGUCUGAUUUCAUCUUCUCAACAACUCUGUGAGGUCUGCUGGGCCAGGAAAGAGGACAACGGACCCAGAAGCCACCCUGGAAGCUUUAUUUCUGAAAUGAGAAUUUGAACACAAGCCUCUCCAAUCCAACACAGCACUGUGGACCACACUGGCUCUCUAUUACCUGCUGGUGAACCCAUCAGGAUUACAAAACAAUCUGUUCAAUGGUAUAUUUCUUCCUCAUUUAAAUCAUCACAGAUAUUGCCUGCUUAUGUUUUCCCUGUUAAUGUCAACAGCAGCAAUGAAAUCCCUUUAAUCCAUCCGGCCUGCCAUCCAGCCUCCAGCGAAGGCUAUAUCUGAUGCCCUAGAAAUAGUCAGGUUUAUCCAGUUUUAUCUUUAAGAACUAGCACUGGCGGUUAGAAGAAGGAUGUUGCUGGACUCCUGUCCAUCAGCUUCAGCUAGCAUGGCCAAUGGUCAGGAAUGAUGGGAGUUUGUAGUCCAAUGUCUGGAGGGCCUAAAGUUGCCCAUUAUUCAUUUGAAUAAUAGUUCAAUGUCUCUUCAUAGAAUCAUAGAUUUGGAAGGGACCCAAGGGUCCUCUAGUCUAACCCCCUGCAAUGCAGGAAUCUCAACUAGAUCAUACAUGACAGAUGACCAACUUCUGCUUAAAAACAUCCAAGGAAGGAGAAUCUGCCACCUCUUGUGAGAAUCAGAAAGUUCUUCCUGGUGUUUGGACAUAUUAACAUAACAAACUUUCAUCUAACAUGAGAAAAGGUAAGUUUCACAAACCUAUUAAAACUUGUAAAAAUAAACAAAUGCAAGACUUCAGAUGGGGUUUUUAAGGCUUAGCACCAUCAAUAUAAAGAGUUGUCAUGUUUUCAUUUUAUUGUACCUCAAAGAAUGAAAUCUGAAUAAAUCCAUAUACGUUAGGACACAUGCUGUAUUUUUAUUGAGUUUUACUUGGCCAACUUUGAAAACGCAUGUCGAUUCACCACCAACAUUUGAUCGUUACUGGGGAAAAAGAAACCAAAGAGUUAUCGACUAGAAUUCCAAUCCUACCCAGACACAAAAGAUUCACCGGCAAAAUUACAGUUACGAUUUUCACAAGGCCAUGAGAAAUACAUUACUUUACAUAAAAAAACGGACGUAGUGUUAGAAUAGUGCUGUCCAAAUAAUAACCCUACUUGAAAGUAUUUGACUAGUUAUUUUCAUUUUCUGAAUAGCAAAUGGUGGGGUGGAAACUAGGGAGGAGGAGGAGGAGGAGGAGGAGGAGGAGGAAGAAGAAGAAGAAGAAGAAGAAGAAGAAGAAGAAGAAGAAGAAGAAGAAGAAGAGGUACUUUGUGAGAAGGAGUAAAGCAGUCAUGUUUAGUCAAGGUCUCUAAUGCCUCAGCUAUAUCAUUUUGCCCACCCAGCAUAACCUCAAAGCUGUUUUAUUGGGUAACCUUUGUUCCUGUUGCCACAAAUUUGCUGAAAAGGCCCAUUUGGCCACAGCAGGACUUGCUAGUCCAAGUAGGGAGGGGGAUUAUAUUCCUGUUAUCCUCUUAUUAUUGGUGUAUGAAUCUACAGAGGGCAACCUGUCCUCGGUCAGUUUAUAUUUAUUUAAUCUGUAUAUCAAUAUGAGGAAAUGAUUCAUCUCACAGACCUGGGGGGGGGGAAAUAAUUUUGCAUGAUAAUAAUAAAGUUUUCAUUGAAUCUAACACUGUCAAACAUGUAGAGGAAUGACAGAAUACAAAACACUUCCAUAUAUUAACAGACAAGCCACCCCCCCCCCCAAAUCCCCAUUCAGUACUUUUCCCUUUUGUGGAUUCCUAGUUUAAUACUUAUGGUCAAAACCAAAGUUACUGUAUUUUUCCGUCUAUAAGACACCCAUGUAUAAGAUGCCCCCUAUUUUUUGGGACUCCAAAUUAAGAAAACAUCCCUCAGCACUACCCUUUUAUAAGAUGAGUCCCAAUUUUAAACCUAAUUUUUUGGUAAAAAAAGCCCCAUGUCUUAUACAUGGAAAAAUACGGUAUAUAUUCUACCUCUUUCUUGUUGUUUAGUUGUUUAGUCGUGACCCCAUGGACCAGAGCACGUCAGGCACUCCUGUCUUCCACUGCCUCCUGCAGUUUGGUCAAACUCAUGUUAGUAGCUUCGAAAACACUGUCCAACCAUCCCGUCCUCUGUCGUCCCCUUCUCCUUGCGCCCUCCAUCUUUCCCAACAUCAGGGUCUUUUCCAGUGAGUCUUCUCUUCUCAUGAGGUGGCCAAGGUAUUGGAGCCUCAGCUUCAGGAUCUGUCCUUCCAGUGAGCACUCAGGGCUGAUUUCCUUAAGAAUGGAUAGGUUUGAUCUUCUUGCAGUCCAUGGGACUCUCAAGAGUCUCCUCCAGCACCAUAAUUCAAAAGCAUCAAUUCUUUGGCAUUCAGCCUUCUUUAUGUCCAGCUCUCACUUCUCACUACUGGGAAAACCAUAGCUUUAACUAUAGGGACCUUUGUUGGCAAGGUCCUCUUUCUAGAGGAGCACAAUUGCAGUCUUGAGGAAAAAGUGGGGAAUAAUCAUCAAAAUUCAAAGUAUCACCAUUUGAAACAGGGCACUGUUGGAGUGCCAUUAACUCAAUUGUAAAUGGUACCCAGAAACAACCAUUUCUGGUAUUUAAGAGUUCCAGUUCCUUUGGGGGGGAUGUUAAUUUGCCAUUUUUCACCUUUUCCUUUACUGACAUUUGGGAUUUCAAUGACUUAUAAAAAUAAUAAUCUUCCCACAGUCUCCCCUAAUUAUAACAUAUAUAUUUGCCCUUAGACAAUCGCAAUCUAACAGUGACACCAAUGCUUUUCACACCUCCUCUCCCUUUCUUCAUAUACUUAGCUGGUUUUGAACAGACAGACAUUCUGGCUUCGGUCCAAAAGUGCUCUUCUAGAAAUGGAAAGCCUCAUCUACUCAUACAAGGGCUGUUUCGGACUUGGAGUGUUGUGGAAAAACCAUCAACAGAAAUCCAGAGUUCUUCCAUUUGCUCCUGCCCUUUGCAUAACUGUUUGCACAGAAUAGGUUGCUAAUUUUUCUCUGGAUUCCGUAACCUGGAUCCUGACCACAGAGAACUGGGGUGUAUUGGCUCCCGGCUCCUGAGGGUUGGGGAGGGUGGGCAUUGGGGCGUGGGAAAACAUUGCAUUAUCAUCAUCAUCAUCAUCAUCAACAUCAUCAUCAGUGCUUUUUUUCUGAGGAUACACAGAUGUACACAUACCCCUAAACAUUUUGUGAAUCUUUGUACUUUUGUCCAUUUACUGUAUCUAUUUCCCCUGAUUUGAACUACAAAAUGGUGAUUUUCUUGAGUCAAAAUGAGAGUACCCCUAAACAUUAUUUUAGAAAAAAAGCACUUAUUAUUAUUAUUCCACCCUUUUCACAAUAUCUCAGCACAGUUCACUGGAUAAAAAUACAAGCUAAAAACACAAGUAAAUAGUUAAACAAAACAAAACAAAACAAAACAAAACAAAACAAAACAAAACACUGAACAACCUUCCCACCCUACAAACACAUUUAAAAGUCUGUAGAAUAUUAAUCAGUCGUAUAAAACAAAAAAAAUACAAAAUACAAAUUACUGGUAACACAUAACACUUAAGAACACUUAAAAAACAACCCUCCCCAAACAAACAACAGCCACCGAAGUUAAAAAGGUAAGAAAAGAAAAAGGUAAAGGAUCCCUGGACAGUUUAGUCCAGUCAAAGGGGACUAUGGGGUUGCAGCACUCAUCUCGCUUUCAGGCCGAGGGAGCCCGUGUUUGUCCACAGACAGCUUUCCGGGUCAUGUGGCCAGCCUGACUAAACCGCUUCUGGUGCAACAGAACACCGUGACGGAAACCAGAGCACACAGAAACGCCGUUUACCUUCCCUCCACAGACGUACCUAUUUAUCUACUUGCGCUGGCAUGCUUUCGAACUGCUAGGUUGGCAGGAGCUGGCACAGAGCAACGGGAGCUCACUCCAUCUUGGGGAUUUGAACCGCCAACCUUCCGAUCAGCAAGCCCAAGAGGCUCAGUGGUUUUGACCACAGCGCCACCCGCGUCCCUUACCCAAGUUAAAACUCCACCCCCAUUAAAACCAUAAUUUUAGCACAAGGGAGCUGGCCUGUGCCCUUGUUCCAUCCCCAAAGUGUUGCCCCCUUUGGUGGCAUCCCUGUCGACAGCCCCAACUUCAAAGCAGUUGGAAGCGGGGAGUGGCAAAAACUGGUGAUCAAAGAAUAAGAGAACCAUCAACUUGUAGAGUUAGAAGGGAGAUGAGGGUCAUCCAGUCCAACCCUCUGCGAGGCAAGAAGCCUCUUUCUACUUGUGCAGAGGAUCUUUAGAUCCAAGUUUAUCCCUUUAACUGUUUCAAUCCCUUAUACUUGUCAAAGCAAGUUCUAUGGCUGGCGUGCAUCGUGUGGUUCCCUCUUGCAGCGCAAGGUCCAAUGGCUGGAAUAAUAAUAAUAAUAAUAAUAAUAAUAAUAAUAAUAAUAAUAAUUUAUUAUUUGUACCCCGCCCAUCUGGCUGGGUUUCCCCAGCCGCUCUGGGCGGCUUCCGCAGAGACCAAAAAUACACUAAAAGCAGCUCUCUGAAAGAAUGGAAGGCACACGUUGUGCUUGGGGUUUGGCAGUCGCUGCUGCAAGCACCUUCCUAUCGGGAACGGUUUGCACCCCCAGACAUGAAGGAUUCCUUUGCAAUGAGCUUGUUUUCCAGCGGGUGAUUUGUGGGCUUGUUGCGGCAGGCACACAGCGAUGCAAGUUGCAGAUACUUUCUCCUAUGAUCUUCCACUAGCACUUGCGCAACAGUUUCUACCAAUGGGUUAUAGGCUGCAUAUGCACAAUACGCUGAAAGCACAGGGCUUCCCGCAAAGAAUUCUGGAAACUGUAGUUUACCCCUUAAAGGUAAAGGGUAAAGGGACCCCUGACCAUUAGGUCCAGUCGUGGCCAACUCUGGGGUUGCGGCGCUCAUCUCGCUUUAUUGGCCGAGGGAGCUGGUGUACAGCUUCCGGGUCAUGUGGCCAGCACGACUAAGCCGCUUCUGGUGAACCAGAAACGCCGUUUACCUUCCCGCCGGAGCGGUACCUAUUUAUCUACUUGCACUUUGACGUGCUUUCAAACUGCUAGGUUCGAAAUAGGACGUCCCUAUUGCAUUAAUUGUUGGAGGGUAAAGGUAAAGGUACCCCUGACCGUUAGGUCCAGUCGCGGAUGACUCUCGCUCUAUAGGCUGAGGGAGCCGGAGUUUGUCCUCAGACAGCUUCCGGGUCAUGUGGCCAGCAUGACUAAGCCGCUUCUGGCAGACCAGAGCAGCGCACGGAAACGCCGUUUACCUUCCCUCCGGAGUGUUACCUCUUUAUCUACUUGCACUUUGACAUGCUUUCGAACUGCUAGGUUGGCAGGAGCAGGGACCAAACAACGGGGGCUCACCCUGUUGCGGGGAUUCGAACCGCCAACUUUCUUAUCAGCAAGCUCAGUGGUUUAGACCACAGCGCCACCCAUGUCCCUGUUGGAGGGUAUGCGAGUCAAAAAGCUCUUUUUGCUGUAGAUGAUAGAUUUCAAGUAUAACAAAUUGGAAAAAGGAGAAGAUUGCAUACACCAUUCAUAAUGAAUGGAACAUAUACAUAGUUUAACGUGGGAUACAAGUACUGUACCAUUCAAGAAGUUUGAAUGUGCAUUUGGAUAUGAGCAAGCGUUCCUUCUUUCUGUUCAUGUCUUCAUUUUACUCUGGCGGCAAUUCACCACAUUUAUCUCCCAGUUCUUCACUAUGUAUUUCAGUCUUUAAGGUUUAGGUAACCAUUUAUUUACCCAGGCAGUCUGGUUCGGACAGCCAUUUAUUAACAUGGAACAGCGUUAUAAAACAGGUGGGUAGGAAGGCUAGUUCUCCUUUAUAAGCUCUGAAAUUUAUUGGCAAACUGCUUUGCAAAACUAGUCAAAAUGCCACUUUGGAAAAGAAAUAAAAUUCCAGGAAAAUGUGCAAGCAAGUAACAGGGCAGUCUUAGAUAUCUUUACUGAGAAGUCAGCCCCAUAGAGUUCAAUGGGACUUACUCCCAGCUAAGUCUACAUAGGAUAGGGGGUUUUUAUGAGCUAUUUUAAAGGAGAUUUGGCAAAAUACAGACUUCUGACAUGGGUUGCCAUACGUCCUGAUUUCCCCGGGCAUAUGGCAACCCUAGCAUAGGAUUGUAGUCAAAGUCCAUUUUCCUUGUGUCCUUCUGGGCAUGAACGGCUGGCUGUCUUGGCUGGAAUCAGAUUGGCACAUGUGGUGUUGCCAGCUGUAAACUGGGGGAGUCACUUCCUGAUAAUGACCAAUGCCUACGCUGAAUAUGAUGCAAAAGAAGGAAGGUGCCAGAAUGUGAAAUGCCUUUUCCUGACUUAGAAAAGGCCCCUUGGUACAUAUUAAAUAUCCUAACAACUGCAACUCUUGGAGAUUUCAAGGUCUUUGAGGUUUAUUAUCUUUUGCAACUCCCUGGGAAGCAGGGAUGGGAGAAAUUUGCAUAGUGGAGACUCCUCAGGUUCUCAAAUAUUUAGGCUGCGAUCCUAUCCCCACUUUCUUGGAAGUAAGCCCCAUUGAAUUUGGUAGAAUUUACAUCUGAGUAGACAUGGAUAGGACUGCAAUAACCAUGCUGUGCAAACUGCUAUGGCAUUUGCAAAAUGCAAAUGAUAUUUUAAAAGCAUGGUUUGUAGGGCAGGGCUUUUUGAAAAGGAAAAUUAAAAAGCAGUGGUAUGUGAUUAUAAUUUGCAAGCAAAGCAUGCAUCGCUGUAAAAGACCUGGGCUGAUAACGCCAAGGUUGCAGGUUCGAUCCCUGAACGGGACAGCUGCAUAUUCCUGCAUUGCAGGGGGUUGGACUAGAUGAUCCUUAGGAUCCCUUCCAACUCUACAAUUCUACGAUUCUAUGAUUCUCUUUGUACAGUAUGUGCAUGCGGGACAUGCUUUCCUGCUUAGAGUCAUGUUCCAUGACAUUUAGAAGCCCACGUAGAGUGGGAGAAAUUCCUUAGAAGUGGGAUUUUGACAACACCAACGCAGAGGAGUGUUACAGUCAAGAUUCACACAAGAGGCAUCUUGAAAGAGGCCAAAAAAAUCUUUAUUUGGAGUGAGGAUUUUUUAAAAGAGUAAUAGAGGAAGCCACAGACGCAUACACACACACACACACACACACACACACACACACACCCCGCAGCUCACACCCAUCUUAGUAUACAGCAUGGGUUGACAAACUAAGGUCCGCAGGCCAGAUCAGGCCCAAUUGCUUUCUAGAUCCGGCCCGUGGAUGGUCUGGGAAUCCAGGAAGCCACCGUAGCACACACACACAAUAGUUUUUGCGACUCAGCCAGGCUUGGGGGUCAAAAGUGAGGCAGGCGGCUGCUCGAGAUAAGCCCCUUCUUCAUGCAUCACGCAUGCACAGCAAUCUUUUCUUCCAGGGUGGGGAAGAAGGAAAAGGAGCCACAGUUUGGAUUUCCACCAUGGAGCUGCCGGCAACUGCCCUCAGGAAGGGCAGUUGUGGCGGCAGGGGCUCAGAGGCGCCUCAGGAGCGACACCCACAGGUGUCAGUGGCGGUGGUGCUCCCUGCCAUAGGAAGUGGGGAGUGCCUGGGCGGCUGCACUCCGAAUCCGUUCUGCGCUCUGCUGGGGAGGCCGCUUGUUAGCUACACGGUGUGAGCCAUGGAAAGGUAAAUAGCCGCUGCCGCCUCGUCUUCCCUCACGCAGGGAAAAGAAAGUUUUUGCUUGAGCGGCACCGGCCUGACUUAGUGUGGCCAACGGCUUUUCCCUUCACCCACGCAUGCGCACACACUCUCCAGGGCUGACAGGAACAUAGCUGUCAACUUACAGAUUUGAAAAUAAGGGACCAGCAGCCUUGAAAAUAAGGGAUCAGCAGCCAAAAUAAGGGAUUUUCUGGGCACAGUUAUGUUCAGCUUCUGAGCCCCUCCAAGCCAAAGGCAGAAAGCCCAGCCAGCAGCCAAACGAAGCCUCAAGCGGUGGUUCCCACAGUGCAGCAACCCGGCAAAGGGGAUGCAGCAAGGAAAACCACUGUCACCUCUCCGCUGGGAAGCGCUGAGCAAAGGCGAGUCCCCAGGCAACGCAGCCGAUUUGAUCGGCACAAGGCAUGCAAGCUCCACCCCCCAGUCGUUCUUAGACUCCUUAUUGGGUGAGCAACGCAGCCAAGCAACAUAGUUGGAACCUCCCUCCUCCCUGGCCGGCAGGGAGGGAGGGAGAGGAGCUGCUUCCUUUGAAACCCGGGAAAUUUAAGGGACAUCAUCAAUAAGGGACAGCAGCAGGACACGGCGCUGGGAUAAGGGAGUUUCCCGCCAAAUAAGGGACGGUUGACAGGUAUGAACAGGAAUGGCGCGCUUACCUCAGCCCCCCAGCCCGCCUUAUGAGAGAAACAAUAACUGUCAACGCGUAAAACACAAAGGAUGCAGCGUGGGUGUAUGAGGGAACAACCCCCCCCCCAAUCACAUUUGGGCAACGUUGGGGUUGGUCCCAAUAAGGUUUUUUUCCCAAAAAAUGCGGGUCAUAAUCAAGGCAACAUAUAGUCCGGCCCCCCACAAGGUCUGAGGGACAGUGGACUUGCCCCCUGCUGAAAAAGUUUGCUGACCCCUGGUAUACAUAGAUUGUUGUCUAUGUCUCAGUUACUUUGUAGUUAACACAUGGACUGUGCACUCUGCGCGUGCACACGAUACGUAGGAAGGCAGGGGCUGCAGAAGUUUCACACCAGCGUGCACUGCUCUCCCACACGCAAGGGGAGGGGGAGAAUUAUAAGAUUAGCCUUACAAACUAAAAAGGCUCCUGGGGAACUGAGGAGAUCUAAGUGACUGGCUGCUAAGCCAAACACCCACUUCUCGAGUUCACAGCCACACUCGCCGUCAGUCAAACCAGUUUUCCUGUCCUCCUCUGUUGCCACCUCCAGCAUUUUUAUUUUUUUAAACAGAUCAAGCAUUUUCACAGAAAACAAAUACUUCUAGCACUGAGAGGGACACUUAAAAACCCCCAAAGAUUAGAUUAUUGUAAGGGGCUUGAAGGCAGUCCGAGUGUUUGAUCCAGAAUUCAGCUGCAAUGGAACUGCCUGUGCAGAUCGUCUGUUGGCUUCUCUUGCUACCAAUUUGCUCCUGGGCUCAGUCCAAUCUGUUGUCUUUGGCCUUUAAAGAUCUACAACCGCCGAGGACCAGAGUCCUUCAUUCCCCUUGCCAGCCAUUGGAAGGGAGACCUUCAUGAUGUUUCAGAGGCGGCCAGGAUUUUGAAUGGGCUCCUUGGGGAUGGGCCCAUCAAUGCUUGUUUUUAAGUGGGCAGCAAAGACGAUUGUAGGAAGCUUCUCUACAAUUCUGAAGGCAAGGAGAAUUUUUGCUGCUGUUUUUAUAAGAUGGUUGUGCCUUAACCAGGUUGUAAGCAUCUUGAUCACCUCCAGGGCUGAAAGGCAGCUUAGAAAUUAAUAAUAGUCUUGCAAAUGUUUGGGGACACCCCCCACUCUCUGCAAUAUUCCAGGGAGUUCCAGACGCUCACCUAGAGCCUGUACUCCUUCGGAGAAUUGAGACAUGGCAGAGACUGUUGUAAGCCUUAAAAAAUAUGGUUUGUUUACCUAUUUACACCUUCAGCCUGCAUGGAGGAAGUCCAGAACUUACAGUCUGGUCAUUUCAAGAGGGGCUCUUGCAGCCUGCCCAAGAUGGAUCUCAACCUUUUCCCCACCUUCUUCUUGCCAGCACACCUUGCUUAAAAACUCUCUUUUCCUGUCUUCUAAGCCCAAAGGAUUCAUCUAAGAUGGCCCAUCAAUCCAUUUUGUCAUCUUCUCUAGACUGGUUUGCAUAAGCUAGCCUUGCCUAGCAGAGUUCUACAGCAGGCAUAGGCAAACUCGGCCCGCCAGAUGUUUUCGGACUACAAUUCCCAUCAUCCCUAGCUAACAGGACCAGUGGUCAGAGAUGAUGGGAGUUGUAGUCCCAAAACAUCUGGCGGGCCGAGUUAGCCUAUGCCUGUUCUACAGCUUCUGCUUUCAUCCAUAUCUCAAUUAAUCAAAAUUCCACUAUUUAUUAAUUUCUAUGGUUUAAGGGGUCCUCCCCAAUCUAUAACACCAGUAAAAAUAAGGAAGGUAUAUUGUGUUUAGGCUUAACAGCGGAGGGGGACACACACAGUUUUACCUCCUCAAAACAUGGCACGGUGUACACAAAAUACAGAUAAAGCACAUUCUCUCCCACCCUAAUCCUGGAAGCUGUCAUUUAUCCAUCAAAGAGCUAUAAUUCCCAACACCCUUAACAAACUAUAGUUCCCACAAUUCUUGAGCAGGGGAAUGUACUUUAAAUGUAUGGUGUCUAUACAGGCAGAAUUCCGCUCCUGGCUUUUCUUGCUGCAAUCCCUCUUUGCCAUUUCUCUUUAGUUGCUCUCACCGGCUCAUAGAGCUACUCCUGUUUCCAUGCAAGAGGCUCAGGAGGAAGGCUGUGGAAAGGUGGCUAGGGGUCAGAGCUGAAGUGCGUUGGCAGAACUGCGUAGGAAUCUGUGCUCCACUUCAUUUAGCUGAAACCAGUCCUGUUCAUUAUUCAUGCCAUCGGCAUUAAAUUAGCAGCUUUAAUGGAAAAAAACAAAACCGUUCCUUUUUUAGGUUUUCUUCUGAAAAUGGCCACCAAAUAAGGAUUUGAAAGGUGAGAUCUGGACCGUUUCCUGAUGUGAAAGGUAAAGGUAAAAGGUAAAGGACCUCUGGACAGUAAGACCAGUCAAAGGCGACUAUGGGGUGCAGCGCUCAUCUCGCUUUCAGGCUGAGGGAGCCGGCGUUUGUCCACAGACGGCUUUCUGGGUCAUGUGGCCAGCAUGACUAACCACUUCUGGCGCAAUGGGACACCAUGAUGGAAGCCAGAGCGCAUGGAAACGGCGUUUACCUUCCCACCACAGUGGUACCUAUUUAUCUACUUGUGCUGGUAUGCUUUCGGACUGCUAGGUUGGCAGGAGCUGGGACAGAGCAACUGGAGCUCACCCUGGGGAUUUGAACCACUGACCUUCUGAUCAGCGAGCCCCAGAGGCUCCAUGGUUUAGACCACAGCGCCACCCGCAUCCCUUUCCUGAUGUUACUAUGGGCAGCUGCAAAGGGCUGGUGGAAGGCCAGUGCAAAAAGAUCUGGGGCAGGGGCAGCUCAUCACAGUAAGGUGAGACAUUGUGACAACCCCCUUUUAAAAUUUUUGCAUCCUUCUCUUUUGCAUCUGAAAGCUAUGGCAGGAAGUGUUACAGACACUUCCAGAAACUGAAGAGUCCUUGGGGCAAUUUGCAUGACCCCAGAGCGACCUUCUGCGCAUAUUUGCAUGUCGCAGAUGGUCAGGAAGAAAAAACAUCUUCACUGAUGAGGUGAAUGGACCAACAACAAAGAUUGCCUUCUACAGCCGGGCAGGAAUGUGUACCACGCUCUGGACUGCUGUGUGAGAAAGCCAAUUUUGGUCAUAUGAAUCAGCCUUAAGUCAUUAGGUUGUAGACAUGGAAACCAGGGCAGAAGACCAGGUUUUUGCCAUUAGAGAACUCCAGGUUUUAUUAAAAACAGGGGCCCCCUCCAAACGCUGUAACCAGAAUAGAUUGUGCCAUUUAAGUUCACUGCGUACGUAGACUCCUUUGCAGAAGGAAUUCUGCCUGGCUGUCAGUCAUGGUUGCUGUAAAAUGUGGGGGUAAAAUGUGGGAGAAAGAAAACAUGUGUGCCAUCUUGAGCUCCUUGGGGAGAAGGUGAGAUAUAAAUAAAAUAAAGGUAAAAUAUUGUGAUAGAUUACGGGACUGGGUGGCGCUGUGGGUUAAACCACAGAGCCUAGGGCUUGUCGAUCAGAAGGUCGGCGGUUCGAAUCCCCGCGAUGGGGUGAGCUUCCGUUGCUCGGUCCCAGCUCCUGCCAACUUAGCAUUUCGAAAGCACGUCAAAGUGCAAGUAGAUAAAUAGGUACCGCUCCGGUGGGAAGGUAAACGGCGUUUCCGUGCACUGCUCUGGUUCGCCAGAAGCAGCUCAGUCGUGCUGGCCACAUGACCCGGAAGCUGUACGCCAGCUCCCUCGGCCAAUAAAGCGAGAUAAGCGCCGCAACCCCAGAGUCGGUCACGACUGGACCUAAUGGUCAGGGGUCCCUUUACCUUUAUUGUGAUAGAUAUGGCAGGUGGACCCCUCCCCCAACCUUGAAAUUAAUAAAUGGUAGUUUUUUUAUUAUUAUUAUGGGUUGUGAAGGGAGAAAUACAAGCUGCAGAGGAAUUCCUGGGCUAGCCUAUGCAAAAUGACCUGGCCAAGCUAGGGCCAUUAAGAAACAAAAAGGCCAUUGAGGGUCAUGGGCGAUGAGAACUGUCCUUUCUCCCUGCUCUGAGGUGUGAACAGAGACAAGGGUUUGGAAGGUUGCCAUGGUAACUGGCUGUGAGGGGACAGGAAAAGGGAGUUUUUAGCAGGGUGUUCUGGGAAGAAAAUGGAGGUAGAAAGAUUGGGAUCCAUCUUGGGAAGGCAGGCUGAAGGCUGGCUGCAUUGCUGUGGGGUACAAGCCCCUCUUAAAACGACCAUGCUGUAAGAUCUGGACUACCUCCAUGCAGACUGAAGGUACAAAUAGGUGAAUAAACUAUAUUUCUUAAUGCUUAAGGCCUCUUGCCACCACACGGCAGAGAGAGGGGGAGGCACCCAACUCUCGUAACAAUAUAUAUAUGUAUUUUUAAAGGGUUGACAGUGUCGGCCCCAGUGGAUCCUUCAAAACUCAUGGUCACCAGGAUGGAUGCUAAUGUCAGACAUACCAUCUGCCAGUCAUGCAUUAUGGCCUGUGAGGUGUUUCAGAUGCAGAACUUUUGGCUUUUGCAGCCCUAGAUAUGUUCCAAAAGCAGGUGGUUUGUCAAAUUGUUGUACAGAACUGCUUUGGCACCUGAAUACGUGGCUGCUUGCCCGUUGAGUUGCAUGGGCUUUAUUCCCACAUAAAUCUGCAGUUUAGCAUUCAACUAACCGUAAACUCUUCGUCGGAACCCGUUAUUUGUUCAGCACAUUGUACCAACGCCAAAACAUCCUGGGCGCUAUUUUUAAAAUGCUACUUUUGAGUACACCAAGAUGCAUAUGUAAAGUCUCAUCAACCUUCAAUGUUAAAAAGCAAACAGUUGGAAGUGUUUUCUUCACAGGCGUCGAUAGCGUCUUCAGGAAAUAUGGUUAAGCAUACACUUUUAAUGUAAUAAUUCUGUUUGUGUUGUGACCUUUCCUAGCCUGCAGAACUAAACAGACUGUACUGAGGGGGUGAGGCAACUGCAUGCUUGUUUAGUGCUGUAUCUUCUUCCUCCUCCUCUAAGGAGCAAGACGUGGGAGACGUGUGCUUCAAGAAUCUCCUCCGCAGGGAGCGACAUCAGCUGUUCUGUUGGCACGCAUGGUACUGCCUCUGGAUCCUUCUUGCAGCUUUCGCCUUUCAGACAAUUGCUUGCUGUCGACUUUUCUUUAAUUUCAAGGCUCUUCUAUGCAGAGCCUCCAAAUGUCCCCGUUUUCCAAGGACAGUCCUGGAUUUACAGAAGCCGUCCCGGUUUCUGAUUUGAUCCCGGAAUGUCCCACUUUUCCUUGUUGUUGUUGUUUAGUCGUAUCCAACUCUUCGUGACCCCAUGGACCAGAGCACGCCAGGCACUCCUGUCUUCCACUGCCUCCCACAGUUUGGUCAAACUCAUGUUGGUAGCUUCGAGAGCACUGUCCAACCAUCUCGUCCUCUGUCGUCCCCUUCUCCUUGUGCCCUCCAUCUUUCCCAACAUCAGGGUCUUUUCCAGUGAGUGUUCUCUUCUCAUGAUGUGGCCAAAGUAUUGGAGCCUCAGCUUCAGGAUCUGUCCUUCCAGUGAGCACUCAGGGCUGAUUUCCUUCAGAAUGGAGAGGUUUGAUCUUCUUGCAGUCCAUGGGACUCUCAAGAGUCUCCUCCAGCACCAUAAUUCAAAAGCAUCAGUUCUUUGGCGAUCAGCCUUCUUUAUGGUCCAGCUCUCACUUCCAUACAUCACUAGGACGUCCCUAUUUUCAUUGGGGAAAUGAUGGGUAUGGAGUUAUGUGACCCCCGAACCAAGGAGAUAACUACCGUACAUAACCUUUAGCAGGCAUCUGAAGGCAGACCUGUAUAGGGAAGUUUUGAAAUGUUUAAUGUUGUAUUAUGUUUUUAUAUAUGUUGGAAGCCACCCAGAGUGGCUGGGGCAACCCAGUGAGAUGGGUGGGGUAUAAAUAGUAAAAUUAUGGAAUAGGAUGUCCCUAUUUUCAUCAGAGAAAUGUUGAGGGUAUGCUGUUCUUCAUCUCUGCAUGGUAGGCUUAAUCAUGGUAGGCAUAAUCAUUAAACAAUAUCAGCAGGAUGCAUGUGCAGAAUUUCUGCACAAGCUUUUUCCCCCUUUAGUGAACUACUUGAUUUUUUCUUACACCAUUGGGAUUCCCCUUUUUUUAAAAAAAAAUCAUUAAACUUUUAGAUUUACAUUUUCCACCAUUAAAUAUACAACAGUACAUACAACGGCUUCCCUUCCUCUGCUUCCAUGGUUCCUCAUACAGUCGUACCUUGAUUUUUGAACAGCUUAGUUCGCGAACGUUUUGGCUCCCAAACUCCGCAACCCUGGAAGUGACUGUGCCGGUUUGCGAACUAUUUUUGGAAGCUGAACGUCCGACAGGGCUUCCGUGGCUUCAGAUUGGCUGCAGGAGCUUCCUGCAGCCAAUCAGAAGCUGUGCUUUGGUUUCCGAACAUUUUGGAAGUGGAACGGACUUCUGGAAUGGAUUCCGUUUGACUUCUGAGGUACGACCAUACUUCCAAAAUUGGCUGCAAAUUUUAUUUCCUCAUUCUAGUUUUCCCUUUUCUAUUAUGUCUUAAUCUACAUUAUACUGUCAAAUUUGCAAUAGUUUCCAUUCCUCUUAAUAGACCCGUUCUUCUUGAUCUCUUACCUUGCUGGUUAGGCCUGCUAGCUCUGUGUAUUCCAUCGUUUUCAGCGGCCAUCCCUCCUUAUUUGAAACCUCUCCCCCCCGCGCAGCGAUCCCUCUUGCUGUUCUGGCUUCUGGGAUAGCUGCGCAGCCUGUAUUCGCUCCAUAAGACGCACACACAUUUCCCCUUACUUUUUGGGAGGGAAAAAGUGAGUCUUAUAGAGCAAAAAAUACGGUAAAUACCUGCAGGAUUCCACCCAUUACGACUCUAAAACCAAUAGCCCUGCUGAUUCGAAUUUGGCUGGGCAUCUGCAUGAUUCCAGGCCUCCAGUUUGCUAAGAUAAAUAAAGGGGAAGCAAAAGUUGGAAUGGUGGAGCAAAGUGUUUGUCUAAUGCUCCAGAAAUUAUGUCUUCCCAAGGGUUCCAUCCAUCAUUAGACAGGACUAUGGGACUCCGCAGACCCACGCUGACACAUUUUGCCACCAGAGGCAAAGGAUGAAACGGUUCACCCCCCCCCCCAUUUCACAAGCAGAAGCUGCCUGCAUUUGCAGUUUAAAUACAGCAGCACGACUUAAUGGAAAGUGCUUGGUUUUGGGUUUUAAAUAAAAAUUUAAAAGUACAUUGAGGCUUCUUAGGGAGUUUUGCCUUGGUGCUUUUCAAUCUCAAUUUGUACACCCCUUCCCCUUUUUGCUAGAUUCCCCUACCCUUGGGUAAUGCAUGCUGUAUAUCUUGAGGAUGAAAGGGCCGUAGACCAUAAUGGUAUUUUGCAGCUCUAAUUAUCAUUACUGUACUGCCUGAGGGUAUGGAGUGGGGGGAAAUGAGUGGGAGGCGAGAUGGCAGCUUUGUGAAGAUUUCUAUGGCUUUGUAGGGUAGCACAUUGCCACAUUUUCUCAUGGGAAAAUGUUGCCGGGGGGGGGGGGGGAAUGCUGCCUAAACCUUCAAGGUUACUCAUUUGGAGCCCUGGAAACGAGUCAUGAAAAGAAUGCUCUUGCGUGUAUUCCUUGCUUCCAUAUCAGAUCUCUGAAUGGAUAGUCAGUACUUUUAUGGGCUACUGGUAAGAGCGAAGGGGUCCCCACUGGUCCCCACAAUUCAAAGGAUUGGUGUUGACCUUUGAAGCCCCAAUCGGCCUCGGCUCUGUGUAGCUGAAGGAGUGUCUCCAUCUCCAUUGUCCAGUCCAGGGACACGGGUGGCGCUGUGGUCUAAACCACUGAGCCUCUUGGGCUUGCCGAUCAGAAGGUUGGCGGUUUGAAUCCUCACGACGGGGUGAGCUCCCGUCGCUCUGCUCCAGCUCCUGCCAACCUAGCAGUUCGAAAGCACACCAGUGCAAGUAGAUAAAUAGGUACCACGGCGGCGGGAAAGUAAACAGCGUUUCCGUGUGCUCUGGCUUCCGUCAUGGUGUCCUGCUGCGCCAGAAGCGGUUUAGUCAUGCUGGCCACAUGACCCAGAAAGCUGUCUGUGGACAAAUGCCGGCUCCCUCAGCCUGAAAAGUGAGAUGAGCGCCGCAACCCCAUAGUCGCCUUUGACUGGACUUAAUUGUCCAGGGGUCCUUUACCUUUUUACCUGUCCAGACCAUGCCCAUUUGAGGUCCACCUCCGAGGGCUUUCCAACAGUUCCCUCACUGAGAGGUGAAGCUACAGGAAACCGGGCAGAGGGCCUUCUUGGUAGUGGCACCCACCUCCUAGCAGAUGUCAAGGAGAUAAAUAACUACACAACUUUUAGAACACAUCUGAAGGCAGCCCUGUAUAGAGAAGAUUUUAAUGUUUGAUGUUUUACUGUGUUCUCAUAUUCUGUUGGAAGCUGCCCAGAGUGGCUGGGGCAACCCAGUCAGAUGGAGAUACUACUAUUACUACUACUACUACUAACUUCAAUGUGCAGAACAUACAAAGAAGGCCUGGAUACUCUUGGAGUCUGUAUCUACUAUUAUUUCUCCAAUGCAUUCAUAAAUUGCCAUUCUGCCAACACACCCAAGGGGAUUUGCAAAUUUAGAGAAAUGAUAUAAACAUGCAAAAUGGGGAGCAGCAGGUCAGGAAAUGGGGAAGUCUCACUAGAGGAGGCCCAGAUAACAGGCAGUCCUCCUGCCCCAGAUCACACUGAUAGUGAUUGCCGUACUGUACCUUCAAUAUUUUUUUUACAGUAGGCAUAUCAGCAAAACCCACAAAUGAUAGAAGGCAUUUUCUUUGACAAAUUUGUUAUAUUUAUCAUUCUCUCUUGCUGUUGUGUAAGAAGUACACAAUCAGCUGGGGAGGGCAUAGUUCUGUUCCACUGUGGUACUGUAUUUUCACAGAAAUAAGAUUAAUUAUCAUCUCUGCACCAUUUUUGUCCAUAUUGCCUUUGCCUUCUUGAAAGGAUCAACUGGAAGUUAAUACCCAGCAACUUGUUAGAUAUCCAAUGGUGCAAAGCAGCCCAAACUUCUGAUUUCCUAGCAUUUUCAAUAUAUUUUCAUAUAAUUGUAUGUAGUUGGCUGUUAACACCAGCAAUGAUCAUGAGACAAAAACCGUAAGUCAAUUUUAAUUCAAAGGAGUUGCGUACCACUGAUGUAACAACUUUAAAAGGUGUGUUUUAAGUUCAUCACAAUGAAUUCUCCCCUCCAUGUACGCCAUAUAGCAACUAUCAGUGUUUGGUAGUGGUGUUCCAGGUUUAUCUCUUCCCUAUUUAUUCUGAAAAUGCCAUCAGAUCGAAUACUUGAGAGUAUUCCAUCUGUCUUGUCUGCCGGUGUUUUAUUGGUUAGGGAAAGCAAUAAAUUUUCCACUUGCGCUCUCUAAUUGGGCCAUUUCUCCAAUAAUGGCAUGGCUAAUUUCAAGAAGAAAAAACCAGCAAUUUAGGACUAUAGGGAUUCAUUUUCUGCGCCGCUUGUUCAAAUGUUAAGAGAGUUUAGCCUGAGAUAAACUCCUCCAAAACACUUAAGAUUCUCCUUUCCCCAGUAUGAAAUAUCCCUUAAAACAUCUUAAUUAUGAGUUUGUUCAUUAUAGUAACAAGAUGUACAUGCAGAUACCGCCAGAGCCGAUUUGAAAUUAUAUUUAGCCCAAACUGUGUAAAUUGCCUUGACAGAUGGUGUUUCCAUGAUUUUUUAAAACUACUUCUGUCCUUUCGGGCAGAGAAAUUAUUGCAGCAUCUGUCAUACAUUUCAUGAAAAUCUGUACUUCCACUCCAUUUUUUAAAAAAGCCAGAAACCACCUUUCUGCCAUGUGAGCUUUCCAUAGACUAGGAGGUCUUGGUGUGAGAGACCAUGCAACCGUGAAUCUCCCCACCCUGACUCUGGAAUGACAGUCCAAAAAAAGGAGGACUGUUACCAUAUGAUAUUUCUGAAUGUGCAGUUUGGUUCCUUCAGGCUUAUUGCAGUAUAAGCCUAGGCAAGAGUCUUAUUUUGCAUUGGAUUUAUGGACUGAAAAGAUGCCAAGUGUCUGGAAGAACAGUGAGGUGGCGGAAGAAUUUUCUAAAGGAAAAGGGACACAUAAUUAAAAAUCACGUGCACUGUAUCUCUCUAGUUUAUCAAGCUGCAACUCCCAUCUCUCUCAAACCAAAAGGCCAUGCCUACUUAACCUGUUUUUGGAGGAAGCACGAGGUCUUUCUUAUUUAAGCAAGAUUUUAUAUGUACCUGACUGAAGCUAGUGAGAGUGCUUUGGGAUGUUGGGGAGAGAGGCUAAUUUGUGGCUUAUUAUUAUUUAUUUAAAAUGCUAAUAUUAUUGUUAUUCUGUAUUUUAUUUGUACAUUGGUACUGCAUAUUGAUUUAUUAAAAGCAAAGCAAAGCCUCUAUAAUCUCUAAUUUUUUUUAAGAAAGACACCCAGAUCAUGUAUGUCGGCCUAGAUAGGUCAGUUAGUUAGAGCAUGGUGCUGAUAAAACGCUAAGGUUGCAGGUUCAAUCCCCAUAUUCUGGCAUUGCAGAGGCUUGGACUAGAUGAUCCUCAGGGUCCCUUCCAGUGCUACAAUUCUGUGAUUCCUGUUCUAUAUAGAGCUAGCAAAUACAGAUCAGUCUGCCAGCACCUCUGUAGUGAAAAAGAACUCGCAGAAGAGUGCUGGGAAAAAGUCUCUCUCUGCCCGAGAUCCUAGGAAACUGCUGCCAUCCAACUGCUGAAUACACAUUGUACAUCUAAAGCCCAUGGACUUUCUCCACAAUCACGGGAACUGGAGUUUACCCCUUCACAAAACUGCAAUUCCCAGCACCCUUAACAAAUCACAGUUCCCAGGAUUGUUUGGGGGAGGGAGUCACAUGCUUUUCAAUGUGUACAACAGGACAGAUAAUCAAUAUUUGGGCAAUACAUUUGUUAGUAAAGGUAAAGGGACCCCUGACCAGUCAUGACCAACUCUGGGGUUGCGGUGCUCAUCUCGCUUUACUGGCUGAGGGAGCCGGCGUACAGCUUCCGGGUCAUGUGGCCAGCAUGACUAAGCCGCUUCUGGCGAACCAGAGCAGCACACAGAAACGCCAUUUACCUUCCCGCUGGAGUGGUACCUAUUUAUCUACUUGCACUUUGAUGUGCUUUCGAACUGCUAGGUUGGCAGGAGCAGGGACCGAGCAACAGGAGCUCACCCCAUUGUGGGGAUUCGAACCGCCGACCUUCUGAUCAGCAAGCCCUAGCCACCCGCUGUGUUUGUUAGGAUCAACCAAAAUACCGGCAAGCUGUCAAGUUCUUCAGAUGUUACACAAAGUUGGAGGGAGAGGGAUGAGUGGUGGGAGGAAACAAAUACAAAUAUGAAUAUUGGAUGUUGCAGCUGUGAGAUCAGCUUUCGCAGUCAAUUCCAAGAUGGAAUUGUUAGAAUCUGUCAGGUGCCAUAGAUAUCAGGUUACACACCUAGGAUUUUGGGAGAAAAGGAGCAAUGGCUGCCCCCGACCCCUUUUGAAAGGAUAGAGUCUGCCUUCUACUCAGAUCUGAACACUGCUUUUUUGCCGCUAGCAUCCAUACUAAUUCCGUGGAAGCUUUGCUGAAAAGAAGGGGAAGGAACUGAGGCAAAAUAAAAAUGGUGGAUUUGUGGGACGGUGGGUUUGCUCCACUGCAGAAGAUAAGCUUGUGCAAAGGGCACAGGAUUUGCAGCUUGCAUCUGCAUGGGCGUGUCGUUGGACUACAACUCAUAGCAGCCAGUGACCAGGAAUGAUGGGAGUUGUAGUCCAGAAAUAUAUGGAGGUCCUCAGGUUCGCCACACCUACUUUAUGUUUCCAUUUAGGCUGGUCCUAAUAAAAGGUCCAAAUAUGGCUUUUGGGGGUUUAUACAGAUGGUGCCCAACACCUCCGCCACCCACUUCAAGCUUCUGACAAGGUACCGUAUAUUUUGCUCUAUAAGACGCACCAGACCACAAAACGCACCUAGUUUUUGGAGGAGGAAAACAAGAAAAGAAAUAUUCUGAAUCUCAGAAGCCAGAACAGCAAGAGGGAUCGCUGCGCAGUGAAAACAGCUCUCCCUCUUGCUGUUCUGGCUUCUGUGAUAGCUGUGCAGCCUGCAUUCGCUCCAUAAGACGCACACGCAUUUCCCCUUACUUUUUAGGAGGGAAAAAGUGAGUCUUAUAGAGCAAAAAAUACGGUAGGUUAUUGCCUUCAGAACCUCGUGUUACUAUAAACAACUUAUACCCGGAACACCCACCAAUUUCAGUUCAACCUCCUGAGGACUUAGGUAGAAGUCAUUCAAGGUAGGUACAGCCCCAGUACAGAUAAGUACACUUAUCUGAGAGUAAGCCCCAUUGAAAUAACUCCGGAUUAAAAUGUUUUAGGAUUGAGAUCCGCGAUGGGUGGAGAGCAUUUUUCUGGUUCCCACUGCUAGUCUCAAUGAGAUCAGCUUGAAUAAUGUGUUUUUAAUGCAGUAAUAUUCAUUUACAGGAACAAUGGAAUACUUUUGGUUCUUUCAAUGCUUGGGGGGGAUAUGCGUUUUGAAAAGAAAGUUUCCAGGAAACCAUUGUCAAACAAGGCAUGCUACAAACCGGAGCCCACGUUGCUUGUUCAGAAUGAGAGAUAAGUUCCUUAACAGCUUUCCCCACUAGAACUCUAUUGAGCUGGAGUGUCUCUCCACUCGAAAAGGGCAAAUAUGUAUGUAGUUUCUGGGGUUUCCCCCCAAGAAAAUUUAAUUGGAGGAGGAUGCAUUUCAUACAAUGGCAUAUUAUAAGAGACAACAUUGAAAAGGAGAAGGAAAUAAGAGGCUCUAAGUACAUCAAAAGGGCAAGCUGACACAAGGAAAACAAGGAUAGAAUUAAAACAGAACUGUUGAAGCUAACAGGUAGCUUAAUAAAGGAACAGUCCUUUAUUCAUUUUUAAAACUUAUCUUCUUAAACUGCAAAAUAAACUCAAGGUGCCUAAGAAAUCAAAAUCUUAACAACAGUAACAAUAAUAAAUUUUAUUUAUACCCUGCCCUCCCCGGCCAAAACCGGGCUCAGAGCGGCUAACGUCAAAUAUAUAACAUAUUACCAUAAAAUUAGGCAAUCAAUUAAAAGACAUCCUAAAAUCAAAUCAGAAUCAAAGUGGAAUAAGGAUGUAAAGCUCAGUCCACAACACAGUCCCCAAAUAAAUAAUAAAUCUGAGAGGUGGGGGCAUGGUUUUGCUACUGUGCAGUUAGCAAAGGGCUUGAGUCACUGACUCGCUUCAGUGCAAGUCCCUCUGGGCGCAGUUCAGCCUUGCAUUCAGAGGAUCGGACUACAUCUAGAGCAGCAGACCCCUCGGCUGCCCACCUCACAUGCCUCCAGAGCUCUGAAGAAGUGCUCCAGAGCCCCGGCAAAGGCGGAAGAUGGCUGCAAAAAACAACUGCAAAACUUGGGCACAGGUUGGGAGGGGGUCCCAAAUUUUGGGGUUCCGAGUCAAUGAAGCUACCCUUUGAGGUUGGAAGGCCAGGUGUACUUUUGUGGCCAUUCCUGCACUGCUCGGGGUUGGACUAGAUGAACCCCAGGAUCCCUUCCAACAUUGCAGUUCUAGGGCAGAAACCACGCUGAGCUCCUGGUGCAGGCUUGCAGCCUUUUACGUAGGGGUGGGGAUGGGAGAAUAGCAGGGAAGCUGUGACGGACAACUCACUUUGUUAAGUGCCAAAUAACAAGAAGAAGAGCUAUUUUUCUACCAAAAGAGGGGCUGCAGCUCACCACAAACUUCUCCCUUAUUCCCUUAGAAUGGCAAUGACGCCCACCUGAGAGGUGCUGGAGCUCAGCUCUGGCUGGGAAAAAGCCCAAUGAAGUCCAUCUGGAAAACCUGUGGGAAUGAGGAGCACAGAAUAAUAAUAAUAAUAAUCAGUCCUUUUUUCUGGGGGUACUUAAGGGUACACAGAAGAAAACUUCUGAUAAUAACAGUAGUAGCAGCAGAUAAUUACAUUUUUAUACAGCUCCUUAUCCAUAGACCUCAGCGUGGUUCACAGAACGCGCUCCCGAUAAGCUUGCCUUUAAAGCACAGGCAGGGAUGGAUGGGAUCACUUCAUGUAACAUUCUGUGCCCCGGAAAGAAAGAGAAAGAAAAAGAAAGCUAGAGAGAGAAAGAGGAGAGAAGCAGAAAGAAAAAAAGAAAGAGAAAUAGAAAGGGAGAAAGAGAAAAAGAAAAGAGAGAGAAAGAAAGAAAGAAAGAAAGAAAGAGAAAGACAGAGAGGAAAAAGAGAGAGAGAAAGAAAGAAAGAAAGUGAGAAAAAAGAGAGAGAAAGGGAGAGAGACAGAAAGAGAAAAGAAAGAGAAAGGAAGGGAGAAAGAGAAAGAAAGGGAGAGGGAAAGAAAGAAAGAAAGAAAGAAAGAAAGGGGGAGAGAGUUAGAUAAAGAACAGGAGAAAGAGAAAGAGGAAAAGAGAAAGAGAGAAAGAAAGGGAAAGAGGGAGAGAAAGAGGAAAAAGAAAGAGAAAAGAGAAAGAGUUAGAGAAAGAACGAGAGAAAGAGAAAGAGGAAAAGCGAAAGAGAGAGAAAGAAAGAAAGAAAGAAAGGGAAAGAGGGAGAGAAAGAGAAAGGGGGGAGAGGGAAAGAAAGAAAGAAAGAAAGAAAGAAAGAAAGAAAGAAAGAAAGAAAGAAAAGGAGAGCUUUCCAACCUCCCAACGAGCCUCCCUUUCCCUUCCGACGGCUAAAGCUUUGCCCCGCGAGCAGCGCAGCGGGCGCGAGCGAGGAGGCGCCUCCUUCCCCCUUCCGCGCUCCUUGCUUCCCUUUCGCCGCCGCCGGGCCGGGCGCUCCUCCGUCCCCUUCCUUCCCCCCUCCUUCGCUCUCUCCGCCGCCGUGUCGUUCCGCCCCCCUCCCCACUCUGCGUCACGCGGCCUCGCGUGGGAGGUGGGCCCGGCGCAGGCUCGUCGGCGGGCGGGCGGGCGGAAUCUCCCCACGUGACGGCGGCGGCGCGGGAGGGGGGGACCUGGAUGUGCGCGCGGGCGGGAAGGCCAGGAGGAGGCGGCGGUGGAGGAGGAGGAGGUGGAGGCAAGGCGAGGCUGCUGCCGCCGCCGCCGCCGGUGCCUCCCUGCAGCCCUGCCGCCGCCGCCAGUGCUGGGUUGUCGCGGGGCUGCCGGGCAGAGCUGGGCCGAGGGGGCGGGAGGCAGCUCGCCCACCCAUGGGAAGGCGGCAGCAGCAGCAGAAGGACGAGGCCGGCCGCAGGCGACCCUGGCCAUAACUUCGCGCCCGCCGGGAGAAGGGAAGAGCCGGGCAGGCGGCAGCGGCAGCAGCGUCCUGCGAGGAAGAAGUAAGUCGGGGACCCUCGUGGGCACUGGAUCGCGCGCAGGACCGGGCGCGGGGGGGGGGGCGCGAUCGCGGGGAUCCUUUCUCUCUUCCUGGCUGCCGAGGAAGCGCACGGAGAGACGGGGCUGCGAAAUGUUGGCGCCGGGCGAACAGGUUGCCGUCGAGUUCUCUUAAAAGAGGGGCGCGCCUUUGCUUCCCGGCAAAGCGAGAUCUUUGGCAUGGGAUCCGCUCUUCGGGUUGAAGGCUGCAGCUUUUGCAGAGUUGGAAAGGGAUUCCCGAGGGUCAUCCAGUCCAGCCCCCUCUGCAAUGCAGGACCUAAGUUUUCUCCCCGCGCCCCUUCUAACCCACACACAAAAAAAAGCCUUUCUGGAGAGACCGCAAUGGAUAUGUUUUUUUUUUUCUUGCUCGCGAUUCGGGAGGCAUUUCCCCCCGCUUGGCUUUUCAGUGGCUGAAACUUGCCUGCGUGCUUCGGACAAUCUCGCGCGUCAAAAACGCACGUGUGAAUGCGAGUGUAAGGCCCUCGCGUGUUGGUGCGGUAGGCGAGUAUCUUAAGAAUGCUCGAGGCUUCUGCUGCAAGUUCUGGUUCAGCCUCGCUGGCGUUCUGAGGCUGCGAUGAUGGUAAAGUGUGUGGGGGGGUGUAACUGGGAGAAACUGAGGCAGGGAUGGAGUCCCCAACCGCAUCUGGAGGUAUCUAGGUCCCCUAACAUCACACUACUUGACCUUUGGCCAUGCUGCCUUGAGGCUGAUGGGACGAAUGGGAUAAAGGGAAAAUAGGAGAAGUUUCUGCCCCGUCCCGCAGGGUGUUUUCUUAGCUGCUGCUUGGUACAAUUCAUUCUGCUGCUGCAGAUUGCCGGAAGGAGAGGGCGGAUUCGUGUAUAUGUAGGCGGAGUGUGGAUGAUUCCCAGAGAAAUCCAGAGCAGAAAAGGGUGAGGGCGUGGGAGGAAAGUACUGAAACGUCCAUGUAUUGUCUUCGCUUAAAAGUUUGGGGGAUGGAGUGCAAAUCCAAACACUACAUUGGGUGGGAUUUUUUUUUUACUAUGUUUUCUCUACGUCUGUGAACUUUUUUUAAGUGCUGGGAAAAUUUAUUAUGCUACAGAUUUUUGAGACUUUUUUUUUUAGCGGUUGCUCCUUGUCCCUCUUAGACACUUGUCCUCACGAUAUUUGCCCUCCAGCAAAUAUAUUUUAACAGCUUCCCUUCAUUUGGCUGCGGGCAUACUCCGAUGUGUGUGGAAAUACUGUACAUGAUGUGUGGUUUGGGGUGUUUUUUUUGCACAGACACACCCAAGUUGUAAACUAAAGUCAGCUUAAUAUUUUUGAAUGGGAGGAUUCCUGUUUUUUUCUGCCGCCCCCUCAAAAGAAUGAUGCACUUUGUAGGGUUUUGAAAGCGUAGGUAGGUGAUCCAAAUUAUUUUACUGAAAGCAACAAUUUGUUUUAAUAAAGGACUUAGGUUUAUUUACCAACUUUGAUGAGAGACUGUUUUUCUUGGUAACUUAAUAAUUCAGCUGCCUCCAAGGUGGUGGUGGUGGGGCAGAGUGCUGAAGAUAUUCUACUACCAAAACAUAAUACUGUACUGAAAAGCUGUUGGAUUGUCAAAACAGAACAUAAUAAAUUUAAGGUAGAGAUCCUUAAUAAAUCAUCAGUAGAUCUUAAAUGCCAUUUUGGUAGGGGAGCAGAAUUGAUUGCAUAUUUUGAAAGAAAUGCUAGUUUGGGAAAGAAAAAAAACAAACACCAUCCUUGUUGUUUAGUUAGCAAAAAAAAAAAAGUUCUAAAUAGCUGGUUGUUUGGGAAAAUAUUGGGAUUGUAUUGUUAGCACCCUCAUCCUGAAUUUGGAAAGAAGCCCUGUUGAUUUUAACAUUUCUUCCCGGUACAUCAAGGAAGGCAGUAAACCAUAUAUAUAAUCUGCAUCAAAUUAGAAUGGACUUACAUCAGAGCAAACAGAGUUUAGCAUCAAGAUGCCACUGAUAAAGUUGUUCAUUUAAACCCUGCUUGCUAAAAAAGAAAUAGCCAUCUACUAAUGUUUCGUACCGGAAUGCUAGGCUUCAGAAAGAUACAGAGCCUUUCAAAAUAAAUCGAGUGUUGUGGAAAAUACAGUGAUUCUGUGAGCUGCACAAAUUUUUGUUCAGUCGUUUUGGAAUAAAUCUUUUGGAAAGUCUAGUGGGUGGGCAGGCUUGCAGGAUGUACGGUACUUUGUUUUUUCUAGAAACCCCUGAGAUCCGUACAUUUAGAAUGAAAGAAUUAACAAGCCCAGGAACUUGAGCUCACAUUCCUUCCACACCAAAUCCGCUCCUGGUGUCUCCCAGUCCCUUAGGUUUCAUGAUUUCAGCAUUAUAAUGAGUAGGGAGGCGGGUCACAAACACACUCUCGUUUGGGUUGCUUCCAUUUUGUUAAUGACUGGAAGCCAUAAAUCCCUUGCUGACCUACAUAAAAUAACCCAGAGGUCCGCUAGCAGAUCCCAGUUUGAACUUCUGCCCACCUCUGGAAUGUCAGAAGAGAUUGUUUAUGGAUGUAUUCUAUUGCUUUUCCUGCAAGUGAGAGAUCUAAACAUGUGCCCAAUGGCAGUGGGAAUGGCAAGAGAUGUUACCCCUCACCCCAUCCCAUUCUGUCUUAAUAUAGGCAGUCCUCUGUACCUAUAGAAUUCUCACUAUUGCUGGCUUUUGAGAUCUGUGCUACUGCAACCCAGUUUUCAAGCCUGGGAUUUCCUUUUUCUCUUUUGUGGCAGGGGCCAGGAAGGAAUUGCUGACACUCAAAACCUAAAAAGAUGCCCCGCACCAACUCCUGAAUUAACCUUCUGUUGCAUACAACCACUUUAACUGUAUCUGAAGAUGUGCACAAGAAGCCGGCGCCUCUGUUACUAGAUCAUUUUUUAUAUUUAUUUUUGCUUUUCAUUCCUUGCCAUUUAACUUUCGCUGAAUGGGAGCGCUCCUUAGCCACGUGAAGAGAGACAGAAAGAGAACUUAAAAUGGAGGGGGGGGCAUUGAAAACCAAGCAACACCUGUGCAAAUAUAGGGGGAAAUGUAAAACAGUUCUCUUCCUCUUCCUUCCCCUUCUUUUUCCAAGGUAUUCCGUGCUAGUCAUUUGUCUUACAGAUGCGGGUGGGAGUCUCGUGUGAAAACACCCCAUAAUGCCAGAGUAUCGCUGCUGAAAAAAAUACAGCAAGGCUUGCUGUUUCAAUUCAGCCUUAAUUGGGGCAAGUAGGGGUGUUUUGUGAGGGCAGGGAGUGUGCCUUAAAAGGCGACAAUUUGGGUCUUUGCUGGUUCCCCUCUGCGCAGCGUGCCCAGAAAUUGACUGUGAAAUUUUGAUUGCUCGGUUCCAUACAACAUCUCUCUAGGCGAACGUUCGUUCCCAGUUGCCUUUGCUACCAAGGCAGGCUGCAGACAGCCUGGGAAGGAACUGGUUAAUGCAUGCUAAGCCCACCCUCACAGCCCACACUUUCUUGACUUCUCCUCUUAUCCUGCUUCGCCUACAUGAACAACAUUCGCAGCAGCAACGCCUCCUCUCUGUAACCUUCACAGAAAGCCUGCAAUUUCCAUCUUCUGCUCUGGGCAGGAAUUUCUAUUUUAAAAGUUGGUCAUCCCAAGAUGUUGACUUGGAUAGGGAGAUGUUGAAGAUUUCUGGCCCGUCGUUUGUUUGAUAGUUAAAACAACUACUGUACAGUAAUUCCACACUUCUUAGCAUUUCUGUAGCAUUCCCCAGGCUGUUCCUCUAAUGCCUGCCACAUAUCACAUCUUGUAAUUGUAAGUUAAAACAAUUGGCUUUACAGUGUGACCAUAACCAUGCCUGCUUGCCAGUAAAUCCUAUUUAGUUCAGCGGGGCUUACUCCAAGGUAAUUGGUGUUAGGAUUGCAGUCUUAGCAGCGCUGUGCUUUUGUUAUUAAGGAUGCAAACUCAUCUGGUGCUGUGGAAAACAAAGCCUUUCUUUCUUGCUACUCCCCUUCCAAUCCCAUUUAGAAAAAUGCCGCCCCCCCCCCCCCCAAUUCUUAGUAACUGGCCUUAGUAACUUAUUUUUUAUUUAGGGGAUUUAAACCCUGCUGUUAAGUUCAGCCUGCCAUUUACUUCCCAGACUACCAGCAUAAAACAGUACAAAUACAGCAACAAUUCUUUAAGAAACAGCACAAGACAGAAGCAGGAAACGGAAGACGUAUACUUAGGGGGGAAAUGGUGAAUAAUCCCUGGAUAUAAAAGGUGUCUGGUGUUUCCCCCCAUCACUCCAGACCCUACUUGAAAAAUCAAAAUAUUGAAAAUGUAUUGAAAAUUUUCUCUCUUACACACUUCCCCCCUGGUAUCACUGCUUCUACCAGAAGGUUUUUACAACUUUCAAAGUUAAGGCUGCACUCACCCUGAUGAUUCAGUGAGAGGAUUCAACAUAUGUAGUUUAUCAUUCAGUUUCCCUGUCAUCAGAUCUGGCUUCAACUCCUCAGACAACUUAAAGCUUGUUGAGGGAAUUUUAAAAGCCUCUUGAGGCUGGUUGCAUGUUCAUACGUGCAAACCUGUAGGUGCUGAAAGGGAAAUAUCUGAACAGCCGCUUAUUCACAUGUGCCAGUUAAUAAUUUGAUGGUGGACGACUCACAGCUAAAUAUGUCUUUAGCUUCUAUUGACCGGCAUUGCCCCAGAGAUGAUACCCAGAAUUCGACCCGUGCCUUUUGAUCUGUGAAGCUGUGGCCGUUGAACAACAACAAAAAAUGCAUUGUAUGCAGUAUUUGAAAGUGAGAUUGAAAAGCUAAGAGCCAAAUGGCUCCUGCGACCUGGGUUGUGGGUGACAAAACAGAAUGUCUAGUUGCCAUGGGGAGGGGGUCGGCAAAAAUUUUUAUUUAUUAUUUUGAUAGGCAUGAACUAGUACAGCGGUACCUCAGGUUACAUACGCUUCAGGUUACAGGUGCUUCAGGUUACAGACUCCGCUAACCCAGAAAUAGUGCUUCAGGUUAAGAACUUUGCUUCAGGAUAAGAACAGAAAUCGGGCUCCGGCAGCGCGGCAGCAACAGGAAGCCCCAUUAGCUAAAGUGGUGCUUCAGGUUAAGAACAGUUUCAGGUUAAGUACGGACCUCCGGAACGAAUUAAGUACUUAACCCGAGGUACCACUGUACACAAUUCACAUAAGUGACACGUUGUUAGGAUCACAUUUUUAGCAGAAAUGGUUAAUACAUGUUUAAUUUGGUGUUUACAAUAAAAAUAUUGGCACUGUACUUCAAAUUUCAAAACACUCUACUUUUUCUUGUUAGACUCCUUAGCAUACUGUUUAUCCUCAACAUAUACUUUGAGGCUUCAAAGCACAUACCUUUCCGUACUCCUCGGGUGUCGUCCACGUGAAAAAAAAUGGCAUCCAGACCUUUUGAGGUGCUUGCAAAUGGAGAAUCCAUAGGUGCGAAACGCACCUGGUGCCCUGCUAAUUUCGAACCAUGAUUGUAUGAACCAUUCUUUAGUGCACGGGAGCCAUUUACAGACAGGCGACGCUGCGUCCGGAGUAUCUGCUUCCCUCCCCUCCUGUUAAGUCCCAUGUGGCAGGGUGAAAUCUUGGAUUUCCACUUGGUGCAUGGUUUCACAUGAGCGGCACGCCCUCUCGCUUGGAAUUUGGAUUAGCCGCUGUUGUUGGGCCUUAAUUAGAUGUAAGUGGUUAUGGGAGCACAAGAGGCCUUGGUGCUCUCAGAAACAUGCAAGGCCAUACAUGUACAACCCUAAUUAAUAUGUUGUGUGCAAAGGAGAAGCUUGUUGGAUUGGCAAGGGAAAAAAGUGGGAGGCAGACUAUAAGUAUGUACUGAGGUGGAAUUGCUCCCCUGUUCUUUGCCGCCUCCUGUCUUGUGCUGCACUUUACACUGGAAAGGUGUUUGUUAUGAGUGGAAUCAGAGUUUGAAAUUUGCCAGGCGCAUUUUGCACCUGGCUAUAGGCCACUUGCAUGCCUUGGGAUCCUCAGGUCUUGCCUGUUUUCACAUACAGUGGUACCUUGGUUCUCAAACUUAGUCCAUUUCGGAAGUCCGUUCCAAAACCAAAGCGUUCCAAAACCAAGGCGCUCUUUCCCAUGGAAAGUAAUGCAAAACGGAUUAAUCCGUUCCAGACUUGUAAAAACAACCCUUAAAACAGCAAUUUAACAUGAAUUUUACUAUCUAACGAGACCAUUGAUCCAUAAAAUGAAAGCAAUAAACAAUGUACUGCAGACACACAAUCAAUCAGUAGCUAAACUGGGUUCCACACAGUCACAAAAACAAAAACACAAAGAGCCGCAAAAACAGACAGACCUCAGCGUAACACUCAAAACGGAAGUGUGGCACUCAAAUCAUAAGCGUAAAACUUAAAACGGAGCAUGUUUGGCUUCCGAAAAAAGUUUGCAAACCGGAACACUUCCAGGUUUGCAGUGUUUGGGUUCCAAGUUGUUUGAGUACCAGGGCAUUUGAGAACCAAGGCACCACUGUACUAGCAACACAUCAUUUAGAAUUUGAUCAGCGAUAUUUUAAUCUGCACAAUGGGGCCAAUUUCAGGAACCAAAACGUCCUAUCGAAAAUCACAACCUUUGAGCUGUCUGGCCCCUAAAUGGCAACUAGACAUUCCAUUUUGGCACCUGUAACCCUGGUUCAAGGAGCCAUUUGGCACCUAGCUUUAUAUAUCUGAGUUUCUAACACUGAGUGGAAGACUAGCAAUCAGCCUCCGAGAGGGCAUGGAGUGGUAAUGAAAUGAAACCCAGGCCCAAAAAUCUGGGGAAGCUCAGGCCCGGUAGGGUAGUAGUGUUGUUUAAAGUUGCUCAGAGUAUUGCAUUGUGCCAGGCUCCUUAAGGGAUGUAAACUGGACAAUCCUACUGGUGUUUACUCGGAGGUAAGGCUUACUGAUUGCAGCUGGGCUCCCCCACCCUGAAAGUAGCUAUUCUGAAGUUUGCAGGCUUGCAAUGCUGUCCUCCCUAGGUUUGCUUAAAAGUGUGAUUGAAUCCAGGGAGACAUAUCUUGGAAACUUUUCAUUGGUUUUUCCUUAGUGUGUUGGGAGUUCUAGCUGCUGUGAGACACUCACUGGAGUGCAUUUGGUUCCCAUAAUAAUGUCAGCUGUGCUGUGGCAUGGCCUUGACACCCCCAGAGUCCCCACACAGAACACAGCUACUUUAUAAUAUGAUCAUGGGACAUCCACAAAGUAUAAAACAAUGCAGCUAUAUAAGCCCAUGAACCAUUCCCACCGUAUAAUUAUAAGCGAGCCGCUUGCAUAAAUACAGUGGUGCCUCGCAAGACGAAAUUAAUCCGUUCCGCGAGUCUCUUCGUCUUGCGGUUUUUUCGUCUUGCGAAGCACGGCUCUUAGCGGCUCUUAGCGGCUUAGCGGCUAUUAACGACUUAGCGGCUAUUAACGGCUUAGCGGCUUUAAGAAAAAGGAAACAAAUUCGCAAGAACUCGCAAGACGUUUCGUCUUGCGAAGCAAGCCCAUAGGGAAAUUCUUGCAGAACGACUCAAAAAACGGAAAACUCUUUCGUCUAGCGAGUUUUUCGUCUUGCGAGGCAUUCGUCUUGCGGGGCACCACUGUACAUUUAAGUGUGUCUACAAACUCAAUGAGAGGUGUGAGCUUGCUUCUGCUGGCUAAUCUCAUUUGCAUUUGCACUUGAGGCAAGCAGAAUCUCAUCUCAUCAACACAAGGAAGCCUUUCUCUCUCUUUUUUCAUAUUUCAUACUUGUCAAGAGUUGAAAAUCUCCAUUCACAAUAUAUUGUGCCAUGGAGAACUGUAGAAUAAUAGCCAAUGCUCUUGAAGAGAAGCAUGGAUACUGUUUCUAGCUUUUGUUUGUGUGUGUGUGUGUGUGUGUGUGUGUGUACACAAACACAAACAUACACUAUACCUUACUUCACUGAUAUGUUUAAAUGUUUCUUUUAUUCUUCUUGAACUUUCCCGCCACACUUGCCGUCCGCUCUUGCCACACCAGUGUGGCGUGCCACACCCUUUGAGAAACGCCAUUCUGACUUAAUGCUUUGCGAGACCAAAACAACAGGUGGAGAUCUUUGGGCUUGUCAACAGGUUCAGGUUUAGCACAUUAAUAAUUUGGGUCAUGAUGGAGUCAGGCCUAGGCACAGCGCGGCCAACUUCUGAGCAGACGUCUAUAGAAUUGCACCGUUCACAUUUUCAUUGUUUGCAGCAGGGAAGCUAAGCACAAGCUUUAAGACUUUCCCACGGGAGUCAAUUUUUAUUUAAAACAGAUCUACUUUGCCUUUCCGGACACCUGAGGCAGUGUACCAAAAAAAAUUUAAAGUUGAAAAGUUCAGAGAUGAGCAUGCAAAGCUGGCUGAUAGAAGCAGACUUUCUUAUAUCCGAUCCCCAGUCACCUUCCCAUAUUUCUUCUAAGUGUUGGGCAGGUGGGUUGGGAAAGUCACCUUCUGCUAGUCCCAUACAGAUCAUGCAUUUCUGGACCCAACCCAUAUUCAGGGAUGGUGGGUGUUUGGAGAAAAGGUUAGAUGUUGGUGAAUCCCUGGAGUCUGCCUCUGGUUACAGUCUUAAGGUGAAAUGUGUGUGUUGUGGCGGCCGCCAUCUUAGAUGGCUCUAAAAAACUGUUGGACAAAUUCAAGGAGGGUGAAGUUAUCAGUAGGUACAGACCAAAACAGCUAGGCUCUGCCUCCACUUCUGGAAGCAGUGGGGGACUCAUAAGUGGGGAGAGCGCUGUUGCCCUUGGGCCCACCUUCUUGGCUUCCCAUCAAUCUCUAGUUGGCCACUGUGGGAAAGGGAUUACAGGACUAUAUGGGCCAUCAGCUAGCUUUUCUUCUGUUCUUAUGGGAAGAGGUAGCAGACCUCCAAACAGGACUCAUUUAGGUGCUAUGUGGGCUUCAGGUUAUACCUAGAACCCAAGACCAAACGUGGAAUCUGCAUAGCACCUAAGAGAACUGUUGCUACAUGUCAUUUGGUUUCCUAUGUGCACACACACACAUACACACACAGGCAGAAACAAGAGUUCAGAAGUAAUUGAAGACCCUCACAAUAUCCAGCUUGAUUUUACUUACUUUCUAUAUACAAAUAUAGUUAGUAAUAAUUUUAUGUAGCAGUGGAUAGUCCCCAGCUCCCCAUUUUUAACUUUAGUUUGCAAAAGGGCAUCUCUUGGGAGGGGGUUAUGCCUUUUAUGGCAAAACCACUCUGUUGCCACCUUGAUCUAAAAUUGUAAAUAUUAAUAAAUGUUGACGUUUCACUGAAAGCGGCCUGGUACGAUUUGACUUGGCCAGAUACAUGUCCAAAUCCAAAGUCUGGCCUGGGGGCCUAAUCUGGCCCACCGGUAGAUUUAAUCCGGCCCCUGUGGUAGUUUAUUUAUUGGGGUAAAAUUAUUUUUUAAAAAGCUGAACCACUUCAAUCCCCCCCCAAAAAACACAACACCUCAACACUUUGGUUGGCCCUCACGCAUGUUCACUUCAUCAAAUCUGGCCCUCUUUGAAAAAGGUUUAGACACUCCUGGUGUAGCAUUUACAAGUUGGCAGAUAAUGUAUCAGUGAUGAGCUGAAAAUGGGCUUAAUUUAACUUAUUCAUGUCUUUUUUAUUUAAUGUAUUAGUUUCAUUAGUUUUCUUGUGUGAUUUUUGGAGAUCUGUAGGAGCCGGAGACUUUUUAAAGCUUAGCAGAUACAUCCUUGUGUUAAAAAAAUUUAGGUUUAACCAUUCGACUUACAUUCUGUGCUUGCUUCAGAAAGUUUUCUGUUGAUUCAAAAGUUCACAGGCAGCAAAACUACUUUUGUGUGUGGGAAUCAGCCAGAGCUCUUCGUGCUUUUGCACGUGGGCGAAGCAACAAAUCUUUAAUUUUACCUUUGCACAGUGGGCUACUUGUACACAAACUCUCUCAAACGCCCAUCUUCUCUCCAUCUGGACAGGCAAGGAGCAUUAUCCUGAGUCCAAGGACACAUUUCAGGCAGGCAAAAACACUUGAGAUGUGAAGCAGCAGGGCUAAUGAGGGAUACGGUUUCUGGGGAGUUCUCGAGUCAGAUAGCGGGGCCAUGUUCAUCACUUGGGCAUAAGAUUCUCUACCCUUAGUUUAAAUGGUCAAAAAGUUAAAGGAAUAGCCCUUCAGUAAAGGUAAAGGGACCCCUGACCAUUAGGUCCAGUCGUGGCCGGCUCUGGGGUUGCGGCGCUCAUCUCGCUUUAUUGGCCGAGGGAGCCGGCGUACAGCCUCCGGGUCAUGUGACCAGCAUGACAAAGCAGCUUCUGGUGAACCAGAGCAGCGCACGGAAACGCCGUUUACCUUCCCGCCGGAGCGGUACCUGUUUAUCUACUUGCACUUUGACAUGCUUUCGAACUGCUAGGUUGGCAGGAGCUGGGACCGAGUAACAGGAGCUCACCCCAUCGUGGGGAUUCAAACCGCCGACCUUGUGAUCAGCAAGUCUUAGGCUCUGUGGUUUAACCCAUAGCGCCACCUGCGUACCUAGCCCUUCAGUAUCUUAAGUUAAAUUGAAGUGGUUCAUAGUAACUGUUGAUCAGUGUUUUGAAAUCAGCUAGGCAUGUUUUUCACCUGACUAUCGACCACUUACAACCUGGCUCCAGGAUGGUCCCUGACAUCUCCACAAUCUGGAGGGACAUGGCUGGGGGAAUCAUUGGAUCUUGCUUGUUUUCACACACUAACACCACAUCCUGUAGAAUUCUAUCAGUUAUAUAUAUCUAUCUAUCUGCAUAGUUAGAAUGAAUUUCUGGAACCGAAGAUGCUUUUUCUGUGCAGUCUGAGCAGAUGACAGCCUUGAACUAGGUUAAGAACUUGGAGAUCUUAAAGAGGAAAAGUCACUUGAUUCAGGGACAGUAAGAGAACUGUUGCUACGUGUCAUUUGGUUUCCUAUGUGCACACACACACACACGCAGAAACAGGAGUUCAGAAGUAAUCGAAGGCCCUCACAAUAUGCAGCUCGAUUUUACUUUCUGUAUACAAAUACACUUCUUAAUAAUUUUAUGUAGCAGCGAUUAGUCCCCAGCUCCCUGUUUUUAACAGUAGUUUGCAAGAGGGGUAUCUAUUUUUUGGGGGGGGGAUUUAUGCCUUUUAUGGCAGAACCAGUCUGUUGUUGCUCCCUGGAUCUAAAAUUGUAAAUAUUAAUAAAGGUUAAUGUUUCACAGAAAGCGGCCUGUUACGAUUUGACUUGGGCAGAUACUACAUACAUAUUGGCCUAUUCUGACCACUUUUUCUUAACGGUGACUGCUCAGAAUUGCACAGGAAAGGCAUUUUGCUUCCUGAAAUUCAUUCCGAUUAUGAGGAUAGGCAUGAACCUCCAUAUGGUGAUGUCGGACGCCAUCCUCGCACCUAGGCAUCUUUGCUUGGUCGCAUGUGGUCAAUAGCCAGGUGCAAAAUGCGCCUGGCUCCUGGCUAAUUUCAAACACUGAAGAUGAUUAGGGUUUUUUGGAUUAUUUUAACAUUGAACCAGGUCCCGGUCCAGUACUCUCUUUGUUGUACCAUGCAAGAUCCUGUAACUACAGUAGUACUUCAGGUUACAUACGCUUCAGGUUACAUAAGCUUCAGGUUACAGACUCCGCUAACCCAGAAAUAGUGCUUCAGGUUACGAACUUUGCUUCAGGAUGAGAACAGAAAUCAUGCUCCGGUGGCGCGGCGGCAGCAGGAGGCCCCAUUAGCUAAAGUGGUGCUUCAGGUUAAGAACAGUUUCAGGUCAAGAACAGACCUCCAGAACGAAUUAAAUACUUUACCCGAGGUACCACUGUACUCUCUCUGUUGUACCAUGCAAGAUCCUGUAACUAAUAAGUUUGUUCACCAGCAAACCUCCCUUGCCACCCAAAGCACAGACGUUUUGAAAGAACCAACGAGGGUUGGGAAACGCAUCUGGAAGUGGACAUUCAUUUUGUUACCCUUAUUCUUCUUCUACUUCUUCUUCUUUUGCAGGGCUCUCCACCCACCAUGGCCACAGCGUUACCCAGAACCCUUGGAGAAUUGCAGCUGUACCGAAUCUUGCAGAAAGCCAACCUCUUGUUCUACUUCGAUGCCUUCAUUCAGCAGGGAGGGGAUGACGUCCAGCAGUUGUGUGAAGCCGGGGAAGAGGAGUUCCUGGAGAUCAUGGCGCUCGUUGGCAUGGCCAGCAAACCUCUUCACGUCCGAAGACUGCAGAAGGCUUUGAGAGACUGGGUGACAAACCCAGGCCUUUUUAACCAGCCUCUUACUUCCUUACCGGUCAGUAGCAUCCCAAUAUAUAAGUUACCGGAAGGAUCUCCUGCUUGGUUGGGAAUCUCAUGCAAUAGUUACGAAAGGAAUAGUAAUACCCGGGAGCCUCACUUGAAGAUUCCAAAAUGUGCCGCCACCACCUGCGUUCAGAGCGUCGGUGCGGGCAAGUCUGACGGGGUGGGGAACUUGACGCUGCAGAGCGGCAGCGAAACGAGACUGUGGCAAGGCCACCACACUACAGAGAGCGAACACAGCCUUUCCCCAGCCGACGUCGGCUCUCCGGCCUCACCAAAGGAAAACACGGAAACCCUGGACGCGGCGGCGGCCCUGUCGGUCACCGAGUGCGUCGAGCGCAUGGUUCCCACCCUCCCCAAAAGUGACUUGAACGAAGUGAAGGAACUGCUGAAAAUCAACAAAAAGCUGGCCAAGAUGGUGGGCCACAUCUUUGAGAUGAGCGACGAGGACCCUCACAAAGAGGAGGAGAUCAGGAAGUUCAGUGCAAUAUAUGGCAGGUUUGACUCGAAAAGGAAAGAUGGCAAGCAUCUCACCCUCCACGAGGUAAAAUGGCGUGGGCAAGAAUCAGUUUUCCCUGUUCUUUUCCAGUCUUCUUCUCAGAGGUUCUCUCGUCCUCAGGCCGCACCAGCCCAGAUACUACAUUUUUCUUAGGGGAAGCACAGAAAAUCCAAAUCUUGUCAGGCCAGUAAUAAUUGUUAAGGCAGCAAGCAAGACCUUAUAACAUAAUAUUUGUACUUCUUUGUGUGCCUCCUUCACAAGAGGUCCAGAGGGUGGUAACAUGAGAACGGGGCCUUUUCUGCAGUGGCUCCCCGUCUGUGAAAUGCUCUCCCCAGGGAGGUUCGCCUGGCGCCUUCAUUAUACACCUUUAGGUGUCAGGCAAGAAUAAACUCUUUAACCAAGCCUUUGGCUGAUUCACAUCCAAUGCCCUUUUUAAAAGUGUUGGGUGUUAUUGGGUUAGUUUUUUUAAAAAAAUAUUGAUUAUGUAUUUUGUGUUUUCAUAUUUUGAUUUUAUCUUGUGAGACCUGCGAGUAUAGGGCGGUAUAGUAGUAGUAGUAGUAGUAAUAAUAAUAACAGGGCACGUUUUAAAAGAUGCAUCAUCUAACCUGAAAGUUGUCAGGUGUCUUUCUGAAGAACAGGCUGCAUAGCUAAAAUGGCACUUUAAAUGGAAAGCUGCUGGUUUUUUCCCUGUGCAAUUAUUUAUGUGUUGCCUUUUAACCCAAAGAAAGUCCCCAAUUUAGCUUAAAAAUAAUAAUGAGAGAAACAGAUUAAAAACUGGGGCAGGUGUGGAUCACCUUUAAAAACAGUCUGGAAUUAAUGGAUUAUAUAACUAUACGACCAGCAAUAUCAGUGACCUUAAAGAUAGGCAUGGCUUAAGUCAAUUUGUCUCCUGCGUUAUACUGGAUGCCUUUAAAAACUGACCCAAAACUGGGUGUUAUAAGAAAGUUUCAAUGGCCUUCCUAAAGCUAAACAAAGAUGAAGUCAGUCUAAAUUUCCUAGGAAGGGAGAUCUAUAACCAGGGUGCCAACACAAAAAAGACUCUGCCCCUGUUUUCACCAACAGAAACUUUUGGUGGGGCAUAACAGCUAGCUCUUAGAUCAGCUUUAUUUGGGAUAAGGCAGUCUUUCAGAUAUCCUGGCCCAAAAUUGUUGAAGGUUGCUGUGUGAUCUUGCAGAGUCUGACAUCUUAACUAAAGUGAUAUUGCCUAGACUAAACAUUUUGUUUCCUGCUCUGGUUGGUUGGUAAAGAUUGGCAGUGCAAGUAGCCUGUUCCGUUAAGCUAGACCAGAGUUUCCCAAACUUGAGCCUCCAACUGUUUUUUUAGACUACAAAUCCCAUCAUCCCUAGCUAGCAGAACCAGUGGUUAUGGCUCAUGGGAUCUGUAGUCCAAAAACAGCUUGAGACCCAAGUUUAGGAAACUCUGAGUUUGACCAAAGGAACCGUGGGCACUUAAGGAAAGGCCUAAUACACGAGUCUUAAAAUUAAUCUUGAUCAUUGUCCAAGCAAAGAACAGCUGCAUCUCUAAGGAAGGGUCUAGCAGACUAUAGGCCGAAUUCUCUAAAUUAUUAAGUCCCUCAAUUCACAAAGGAAUGAAUCUUGUCAUUCGCUUCAGGAGUAUCUCUUUACCAAAUUGCAUGUUUCUAGUUGCACAUUGUAGCUUUAAAUUCCAGGUUUUAACCAUCCUUGUUUGUUUGGGUACUAUUGAUGAACAGUUACAGUACAUGCAACACAAAGCAAAUAUUGUGUCAGCAUUUCUUCAUUUUACAGUUGAUGCAACAUUUCCCCCCUCACAAUUUGGGGAAAACUAGCGAAGAAUUUCCAUUCAGAAAAUGCAAGAUGAAAAAAGAAGGGCGUUGUAAUAGUACUUCCAUCCACCAGAGUUAAAUUUACUGGCUGGAGCUCUGUGGAAAUCAGUGGUCCUCUGACUUUAAAGCUGCAAAACUCUUUUCUUCUCGACGAAAAACUUCCUGAGCAGUUUUGUGGACUUUAAAAAAACUCGUUUAGACAAACACAUUUUCUCCUGUACCACAUGAUGGAUAUAAAUUUAUCGUGUCAACGUGUGUACUAUAGUCUAAAACGAAAGAGAUCCUCUGUUUUACCUUCAGAUAAAACAAAUGUCUGAAUAGCAGUGUGGCCAUUUCAGGGAUGCAGACAAAUUGCACUGUGAUGUGAAACGCUAAUCCAAUGGUAUUAAAACGUUUUGCUUCCCUUAUAAGGAAGGUACAAAAGUUGGGUUCAAAGCCAUGGUUUCCUUAAGAUAAAAAAAAGGUUUUGAUUUGUGCACCACCUAAAAAUUUAGCACUUUUUUUUUUUUUUACGAGCAUGAGCUAUAGUCAGAUGCUGAAAUGGAUUGAACAGAAGGAAGCAUAUUUUGAGUUGUGGUUGCUUGGAUUGUAGAAGAAAACUUUGAGGUGGAAUCUUCAUCCGGUGAUGCGUUUUCGUUCUUCCAUCAAGUUUUUAAAUGAGAGUGAAAUCCAUAGUUGAAACAAAUAGGCUUUGCACAUAGGUUUUUCUAUUUUGUUCCAAUUUUCCCACCUAAAUUGAUUUGUUUAGGACAGGGGUGGCCAACUCCUGAGAGACUGCGAUCUACUUUCAGAAUUAAAAUCUGGCAAUGAUCUACCCCCACUUUUUUUUUAGGGAGGAGAAAAGCCCCGUUUUUAUACAAAUAUUUUCUUAGGAGGGAUGUUCCGUUUUUGGAGAGGGUUAAAGGGGCAAGGGGCAAAGGAAAAACGUCACUCACAAUAAUAUAGCUUUGAAUGAAAACAGCCACAGAGAGAAAGCUCCAUCUUCCCUUCUACUGAUCAGACAACAAUGGAGGGCGGAGCAGGAGUCAUUUUCAACGAAGAUGAGGAAAGGGAGCCAGAGAUCGACCCGCGAUCUACCAAAACCUCGCGGGGAUCUACCAGUAACAUGGCCAGGAAGGUUAAAGUGUUCAUCUGUGGAUUUGGUGGCGUUGUGGGUUAAACUACAGAGCCUAGGGCUUGCUGAUCAGAAGGUCGGCAGUUCGAAUCCCCACGACGGGGUAAGCUCCCGUUGCUCGGUCCCUGCUCCUGCCAACCUAGCAGUUCAAAAGCACAUCAAAGCACAAGUGGAUAAAUAGGUACUGCUCCAGCGGGAAGGUAAACGGCAUUUCCGUGCACUGCUCUGGUUCGCCAGAAGCGGCUUAGUCAUGCUGGCCACAUGACCCGGAAGCUGUACGCCGGCUCCCUCGGCCAAUAAAGCAAGAUGGGCGCCGCAACCCCAGAGUUGGCCACAACUGGACCUAAUGGUCAGUGGUCCCUUUACCUUUACUUAUUCUUUUGGUCAGAUUUAGGUUAUACAGUGCUACCUUGGUUCUCAAACUUAAUCCAUUCCGAGAGUCCCUUCAACUCCCAAAACCGUUUGAAAACCAAGACGUGGCUUCUGAUUGGCUGCAGGAGUUUCCUACACUCACGCUGCGUUGGAUGUUUGGCUUCCGGAAAAUUUUCGCAAACCGGAACACUUACUUCCGGGUUUGCGGCGUUCGGAAGCCGAUUUAUUUGACAACUAAGCCGUUCGUGAACCAAAGUACCACUGUAAUCGACUGGCCAAAGAUAAAUCAGUUGACUGCCUAUUACUUAAUUGCAGUCAAAUACUCAAUUAAGCAAAGAAUGCCAAUGUUUAUGUGGAUCUUACUUACCCCUCCCCCUUCACGAUGGUGUAAUUGACUAACAAGGGCAGCAAUGACGGCAACACCAAAUUUCUUCCAUCGCCUAUCUGCAAUGAUUGCCUAUACCUCCCAAGUUGGAAUGCAAAGCUGUCAUUGGUGCGAAAGGUCUCUCCCUAGGGCAGCCUAGGUGAAAAACCAGUGAAAGUUGACUCAGACGCUGCUUAAAUUUGGCUUGCUGCCUAAUUAGAACAGCUGCCUUCAAGAGCUGACACAUGUUUUUAAUAGUUGGGGGUAUUUUUUUCAUUUCUGCUUUUCAACUUACUUUUUUCUUAAUUCUAACUGUAGACUUAACUGGUGUUCAAUGGAAAAAAGCCAAAGAGAAGAACUGUUCAGUGAAUUGUUCGUAUUUAUAGAAACCUUCUUAGCACUGUAAAAACUUUUGAUGCAUUGUAAUGAAUGAUAUAGAAAGUUUGUCUGAUUGUUUUGUUGUUUCUUAACUUGUUUUCAGAAGUUAACAACACCACCCAACUUGUGGAUGACCAACUUUUUUUGUCCUAAUAAAAUUAACGCUUUAAGAUGCAAUCCUAUAUGCUUUUGCUUGGGACUGUUUCCUUGACCUUGGUGGAACUUCCUACUUGGAGUUCCUGGAUAAUAUUUCAAAAGAAACUAAAAUCUUUAUUGUCUUGUAAAAUGCCAAACCUCAGCCAGAUCAUCCUCUCCCUUAAGCAGGUUAUGUCUGGCAGAUGUUGGCAACUGCUGAUAGUACUCAGUGUUGCAUAAAAACAUCAUGUUGAGUUGCAGGUGUAGGAAUCUUGUGUGUCGUAAGUUCUAUCGCUAAGACCUAUAAGAAAGUAGCCAGUGUUAUUCAAAGGGCAUACAGGCUGCUUUGGUUGGUUGUAAGCCAGCGUUCAAAAUUAGCCGGGUGCCUGGUGCAUUUUGCGACAGGCAACCCGCCUUUUGCGAGGAAGUGGAGAUGUUUGGGGCCUAACAUCAUCUGGCUGACAUGGCUGCAAUGCCUCGCCAAUCAGCUGGUCUGCAGGGCAGUGUGGCACCAAAAUAUCAGAGUUAGGCUACCUUCCCAGGUUAGUGAGUCCCAUCUGCCCCUCCCCUCCCUCUUCAGCAUGUACAGAAACCGCCUUCUUGGCCAUUGGCCCCACUAAAUAAUAAUUUAUUAUUUAUACCCCCGCCCAUUUGGCUGGGUUUCCCCAUCCACUCUGGGCGGCUCCCAACAGAAUAUUAAAAACACGACCAAACACCAGACAUUAAAAACUUCCCUAAACAGGGCUGCCUUCUAAAAGUCAGAUACAGUGGUACCUUGGGUUACAUAUGCUUCAGGUUACAUACGCUUCAGGUUACAGACUCCGCUAACCCAGAAAUAGUACCUUGGGUUUGCUUCAGGAUGAGAACAGAAACUUUGGUUCAGGAUGAGAACAGAAAUCGCACGGCGGCAGCAGGAGGCCCCAUUAGCUAAAGUGGUGCUUCAGGUUAAGAACAGUUUCAGGUUAAGAACAGACCUCCGGAAAGAAUUAAGUACUUAACCCAAGGUACCACUGUAGUUGUUUAUUUCCUUGACAUCUGAUGAGAGGGUGUUCCACAGGGCGGGCGCCGCUACCGAGAAGGCCCUCUGUAAUAACGCCAAUGGCAAAAGACGAGCACUUAACCUGGCACCAUGCCUCAGAUCACCUGGCUCACAUAGCACUAGAGUGGUUCAUGCUUUUCAAGAAGAAGAAUAAAAAAGUUUUGCUGUUUUUUUAAAAAAGUGACUAGAUAUUUUGUUUUGGUGCCUGCAAAACGUCAGGAGCCAUGUGGUGAAUAGCUUUUCUAUCUCAGUUUCUAACGCUUGACUGUUGUAAGGUCUUCUGUCCCUCGAGUGGGAAUGCAGAACCUCCAACAUAAUAAGGUCUGCCAGGUGAUGUCAUAUAUGCUGGGACAAGCAAUAGUGGGGCUUGCAUGGAAGGCAGUCAGCUGACUCGCAGUGCUUGGGAAGUGCUGUGCCCACAAUUGCCAAGCCCUGUGCGUAGUAAUAAUAAUAAUAAUAAUAAUAUUUCCCCAGCCACUCUGGGUGGCUUCCAACAAGAGAUAAAAAUACAUUAAAACAUCAGUCAUUAAAAACGUCCCUAAACAGGGCUGCCUUCAGAUGUCUUCUAAAUGUCAGGUGGUUGUUUAUUUCUUUGACAUCUGAUGGGAGGGCGUUCCAAAGGGCGGGCGCCACUACUGAGAAGGCCCUCUGCCUGGUUCCCUGUAACCUCACUUCUCACAGGAAGGGAACCACCAGAAGGCCCUUGGCGCUGGACCUCAGUGUUUGGACUGAACGAUGGGGGUGGAGCCGCUCCUUCAGGUAUACUGGGCCGAGGCUGUAUACCCUAGGGCAAGCAAACAACUGUUUGUUUGGUCUUCUGGAGUGCUGUGCCUGAUGUGGCAUGUUCUGAGGUUCGCAGGCUAUGCCUUUGAGUGAACUGGCUGAUUGAGAAUUGUGUGGGCAAAAUAGAUGUUUUUGGCAAUAUCUCUGGAUACACUAUAAACUGGUCCAAAUCGGGAGUUGAUGUUAAUAGGAAACAACUUUUUGGUUCAAACAUUUAAACAAUACCAGGUUUAUAUUUGCAAUGGCAACAUUAAAUAUCUAGGCAUGUUAAUGCCACGAGACUUAUCUAAAUUAGUGUCAUUAAACGUCAACAAAAUAUAUCAUGGGGUAUCAAUAGAUCGACAGAUGGGAGUCAUUGAACCUGACCAUGUGGGGAAAAGCCAAUGCUCUUAAAAUGAAUGUGAUACCUAGACUAGUUUAUAUUUUAUCCCUCUUAUAUCUUAAGAGGAAUUCCAGUUCACAUACCGAGCAAAUACUUUCGCAAAAUUAAAUCAUUGUUUAGAAAAUGCCUUUGGGGCUCUUCAAUUCCAAGAAUAUCUAGGCAAAAAAAAUGCAAAUACCGAUAAAAGGAGGAGCAUUUGGCUGAUUGAGAAUUGUGUGGGCAAAAUGAGUUACUUAAGUCCUUGUGACAUCAAGUGUGUGGCAGGAGGGUGGCCCCACACAUCAAUCAGGCUUUGCCCAGGUGGAUUCCCCACCUCUGCUCUGGAUAUUGGGUGUCUGCAAUCAUUUGAUUCCUAGAGAGAAGUUCCUUGGUGACUGACUGUCUAAAACAGGACUGUGGCCCUCCAGAUGUUACUAAACUACAACUCCCAUAAUUCCUGAUUAUUGGCCAUGCUGACUAGGGCUGAUGGGAGUCUGAAGGGCCACAGGUUCCCCAGUCCUGGUCUAAAGGCUAUUGUGAGUGUUUCACCCGCUGCUUCACUCAUGAGUGCCAUCACUCAUAAUGAUCACCUUUGGGCUGAUCAAGGACUGCAGUAACAAGAUAAAUCAUCACCAUCAUCAGUAAGUUUAUUGUACUAGCCGAAGGAUGUGACAAUUUCAUAACAGUUUGCCGGAUUACAAACCAUAAUUAAAACAUACACCAAUAAUAUAUCAGUGAUAAGAAGAAAGAGAAAUCCAAAAGACCGUCACCCCAGCUGAUAAGAAUUCAGUAUCAACAACCUUGUAUUUUUUUUAUUCUUUACUAUUUUUGGAGGUAGUGGAGCUUAUUUUUUGCGUGUCCUGUGUAUAGCACUCUAGAGCCCCACAAACAUCACUUGCACUCCAUUUUUAAAACUAUAAAUGCUACGGUUAUUUAUAAAACAACCCCACUACCAGCAUCUUACCAGCCAGCUAUGAGGUGCAGAAUUUCACUGGUAAGAGCAGUGAAAUGUGUUUUAACUUGCUCAUGUUUUAUUUGAAAAAAGUAUCCUCCGAAUUAUAGCAUUUAAUUUGUCACAUGACUGGAUUACUUGUGGGUUUAUGGCAGGAGUGACGAACCUCUGGGACGCAAGCCACUCUUGGUCCGUCAGGGGGAACAGUUUGGCCCCCAAUGCUGUUUCCCUCAAGCUGUGUCCACCCACUCCUCAGCUGACAUCACUGGUGAUGUCAUCUGAUGCGUGGGAGGUUAAGGUUUAAUCCUGCAUUGGCCAGUAGAGAACAAGAUCACGUAGCCAAGGCAGCAGGAUUUAGUCCCCGCUCAUCAGCUGUGGGGGGAUUGAAGCUGUGCAAAAGCACCUUUUGAAGCAGCUCUCUUGUGUGAGCUACUUCAAAGAUGCUUUGCAAUGUUCUAAGAUGGCUUCUGUGAGACAUGAAAAGCGUGUAGGAUUCCACCAGAUGGGUGCAUCUACCCACCUGUCAGAUUUGCCUUGCGGAGCCGGAAAGGAUUCUCUACCCUCUAUUUAUGGCAUUGUAAGUCUAAGCUGGUGGUAGUUCAAUUUCCAUCUCCUUUUCUUUUUUUGAGGCACCAAUCAACCUACAAGAGUUUUGCAUUAAUAAUAAUAAUAAUAAUAAUAAAUUUUAUUUAUAUCGCGCCCUCCCCAGCCGAAGCCGGCCUCAGGGCGGCUAGCAACAAUAAAACAGUACAACAGUACAACACAACACAACACUCUAAAAUCAUUCAUUAUAAAAUUAAUUCAAAUCAAACCAAUGGCAAGCAUUGGGCCAGAGCUUGCCGAAGGAGGGAGUCAGGCUGUGCCCUGGCCAAAGGUCUGGUAGAACAGCUCUGUCUUGCAGGCCCUGCGGAAAGAUGUCAAGUCCCGCAGGGCCCUAGUAACUGCAUGCAUUACUCUGGUAUAAGAUCUAAUGUAAAUGAAACUAGAUCACAUUCUUGUUAUAUAUUUGAAUGUUGUGGCUCUUAAUAGAAUGAGUCAGAUCUAUGGUUUGAUUAUUUGUGGUACUAGUUUCGUCCUUUCAUGGCAGCAUGUGAAAACCAAAUCUUUCUUACUCAAGGAAGCAAUAAAAUCUAUCUGACCUAAACAGAUUCUUUGUUUUUGUAUGGAUUUGUGUACUGAUGAGAGAUUUUUAAAAGAUAGGAUACGAAAUGCCCUGACAUACUGAAAUAAAAGUAUGUGAUUUUAAAUCAACAACCAUAAUGUGUGUGUGUGUUUAAGAUGCGUUGCAUCCACGGAGAAAGGAGAUAUGUAAUUAGUCUGACCUAAAAAGGAUGUAUGUCAGUGAAUAGGACUAAAUCUUAUAUCCACUUUUUUAUAUUGAGACAAUACCUUCAUUUGGAGGUGAAUCCCACUGAUUUAAAUGUUGUUUUAUGAUUGCAGGCAAUGGAGGAUAUGCAGAAAUAAGAUCUGCCCAAGGCAGCAGAAUUUAGUCCCCGCUUGUCAGCUUUGAGGCAAUUGAAGCUGUGCAAAAGCACCUUUUGAAGCAGCUCUCUUGUGUGAGCUACUUCAAAGAUCCUUUUGCAGUGUUCUAAGACAGCUUCUGCUGGGUAAGCAAGAGUUUUGCCAUAGUGUUAAUUCAUAUGAAAUCCAUUCUUUCUGAAGUUCUCAGUGUUCAGAGACUUUUAUAAUACCUGCUUGAUUCUCCAAAUCUUAUCUUCUUGUAGACUGACAGAACAAUAUGUAGCGAAUGUCAGCAUAAGCCACCACAUUCUCACUUCAUUUAGCUUUUGUUCCUGAUGCGAAGAUUCAUUCCAAGGUCUUUGUAGUCACUGAGAGGAAUUCAUGGCUGUUGGUCUUGAGUGUGGCACUUUGGAAAUUGUGAAGAGGGGAAAGAAUAUUGGGCUCAGCCUUGGCUAAUGUAAUUUCUUUAUGUUGCAGUGGGACAAGGUUUCGGGCUGCUGGGUCUGUAAAAUUUAGAAUCCUCUAGCUCUGUGCAUUGCUGCAUGUACAUAGGCAUUUGACGUGUUGAAUAUUAUAAAGUGUAAAGAGGGGAGAAUGACUUUGUCACAGGGCAGGGGGAUUUGAUUUAAAUCCAAUUGAUCCAAGCCAAUCAGUAAGACUUGAUUUAAAUCGUGUGGUUUUUUACAGAAAGACUCAUUAUUAAUAUUUACAACCAGAUGAAGGUUUCCGAUUGUGCAAAUGAAAUAGAACUGAUAGUUAAUUCUACAGAUGGGGCAUUAGCGUGUGAAAACUGUCCCGAUCCAAUGAUCACCAGAUGGUGGAGGUGUCAGGCGCCAUCCUGACGCCCAGGUAUCUUCACUUAGUCGCAAGUGGUCAUAAGCUAAGUGCAAAAUUUUGCCUGGUGCCUGGAGGUCUCCACCUUAUAGUGGUAUGGAGAACUGCUGUCUUUCUGGGGUCACCCACCUUGGGAAAUCAUCUCCCCCUAGAGAUCAGGUGGGCACCAACAGCUGGGUGCUUCUGGCAGCCAUUAAAAGCAUUCCUCUUUACCCUAAGCUUUUCCUGGUUAUUAAUCCCUGCUCCUGCCAUCUCUGGCUACUAAAACCUCACUGUUUUAUUGAUAAGACUUUUCUUGUUAUAUUUUGGUAUACAGUUGUACCUUGGAAGUCAAACGGAAUACGUUCCGGAAGUCCGUUCGACUUCCAAAAUGUUUGAGAACCAAAUCGCUGCUUCAAUCAGAAGCCGCAAAAGCCCCGUCGUACAUUUGGCUUCCAAAAGAAUGUUCGAAAACAGGAACACUCACUUCUGGGGGCCGAUUUGUUUGGGAGCCAAGGCGUUCAAGAUCCAAGGUACGACUGUACAGAGGUACCUCUACUUACGUUCACCUCUGGUUCUGUAUCCUUCGGGAUACGCACGUGGCAAACUCAGAAGUAUUUUUCCGGGUUUCGCCGCAUGCGCAGAAGCACUCUACGUGCUGUGCACAUGCACAGAAGCGCUCCACACGCUGUGCGCUUGCACAGAAGUGCUAAACCACGCCACGUGCAUGCACAGAAGCAGCACCUCCAGAUAUGCACACCUCAGGAUCCAACCAGAGCUCUGGAACGGAUCCUGUGCGCAACCAGAGGUACCACUGUACAUUGUUGUUCUCUUCUGUCAACCACCUUGGUAUACUGUUGAAAUGAAAGGGCCAUAUCAUUUUAAUAGCCAGCAAUGAAAUAAACCUCAGCAUCUAUCAUAUCUGACAGGCGUGGCCAACUCCUGAGAGACUGCGAUCUACUUUCAAAGUUAAAAUCUGGCAGUGAUUCAAAGUUGUUGACCUUUUUUUUAGGGGAGGGGAAAUGCCCCGGUUUUUAAGGGGUCAGGGAAUUUUCGGCAGCUCUUCUGAGGGAGGAGGAACAGAAGCAGCCACUAACCUUAUGAUUGCUGGCCAGAUAACAGCCUCUGUUUCUAAACUCCGGCUUCUCUUCUGCAACAAUAGAAGCCAGCCCAGGGAGAGGGGCCGAGGCCGGAAUGGGGCCAGUGAUCGACCACGAUCUAUAAAAACCUUGUAGAGAUCGACUUGUUGGACAUCCCUGAUAUUUGAGACCCCAGAGGAAAAAUCGACAGUCUUCUAUUGGGAUUUGUUUUUUUAAAAAUACUCAUUUAUUUUGCUUGAGAAUUGCCUAUCUUUGGAAGUUCAGUUAUAACCUAGGCCUAGGGGAUGUUGGCCUGAAUAACAUUGAGGAAUUUUGCUGGCCUUAUGGAGAUACUUUGGACUUCCCUCAAAAUUCCUCAGGUGUUUUGCCUAACCAGGGAACCCCAAAUCUGUUUUGAACUACUUCAGGUGAAAUUUUGAUGGCAACCCUAGUUGACACCAGUUCUCUCUCACGCAUGAGGUUAUUUAACAUCAGGCAAAUGUAGAGCAUGUUGUGACUUGGAACUGGCAGCUAUAGUGUCAGUCUUAAUCCAGCGAGUGAAUGCAGAUAAUAUGUCAGGAGCCAGUCUGUGACAUUAUAUUCAUUCACAGAGAAGUGGUUAGAUGGGGAAAGGUCACACACACACACACACACACACACACACCCCAGUUGGGAAUGUCAUAACAGAAAAUGUACAUCUGGCAACUUUCACUUCUCCAUUUUUAAUAAUACAGGUUAUAUUGGCUUGGAUCCAAAAGUUAUAUGCACACAGUGCAAUGGGCGUUGUGUUAAAAGAAUGAAAAAUAUGGCAAAUAAGGAAUAUAUAGGCCAUAGCAUAUGAACUCUAGCAGCCCGUAUAAAAUCUUGCACAACACCUUGUGCAAAUGGAAACUUAAUCUGAAUUUGGAGCGUUUUUCUCACGCAACAUUCCUAUUCCAGCUCACAAACAGCCCUCUCAUAAGCAGAACAGGGAGUAUGGUAACUGGGCAUCUUUAGACUCAAGCUGCUCCUCUUCCUUCUCCUUUUAUCAUAAUCAUCCAUCCAUCCAUCCAUCAUCACUGUCUUCUGAGGAGACGAUGAAGUCUGAGGGUGAAGUCUCCCAUUUCUAUGGGAAUCUCAGACCAGUAAAAACCAGCCUCUUGAUGGAUACGGAUUGGUUUUUGGAACAGUAGCUCCAUCUCUGAUAUAAAUGGUCUGGGCAACCCAUCAGAAACUUAUUUAGAGGUUCGUUCCACCUGCUUAAUGAUUCCGAGCUCCCAUUAGUCUGUUUAGGCCAGUGGUUUUCAACCAGUGUGCCGUGGCACCCUGGGGUGCCUUGAAUGAUGGUCAGGGGUGCCAUGGGCAACACUGGCCUCUGUCCCUCUUUCUUUUCCUCCUUCCUCUGAUGCUCUUUUGCGUCUCUGCCUCCCAAAGGCUUGCACAGCUGUUUAUUGCAGCAGCCCUGGCUAUAAACUCCACAAGCGAACGGUGCCUCUGGGAGGCAUCUGUCUUUGGGGCAGGGGUGGGGCAGACCAGAGACCAGUGUGUGUGGUUUGGGAGCUGCAUGGUCAGGGGGAAAACAAUGUUGUCCAGGGUUGUAAAGGCUGCAGAGAGAAUAAUUGGCUGCACUCUCCCUAAAGAUAAAGGGACCCCUGACCAUUUUUUUAAAAAAAUAAUUUUUAUUAACUGGCCAAUCACAUCAAAUUAAAUCAUAUCACAUAAAUUCCGAAUUACAAAGCCGAAUUUUAAAUUUUGUUGGGGGGACCCAUAUUUCAAGAUCUGAAGGGGAAUUCUGAUCAUCUUCUUGCUGCUGCGUUAAUGUCCCAGUCAGUCCAAAUCAGUCCAAACAGAGUUCAUAAUUCUAUCCCAUCUUAUCUUGCUGUUUCCACAUCACAUCUUGUUCAUAUAUUUUCUCUUUUUUCUUUAUGAUCUCUUCUGAUAGUCUCCUUAAGCCGAUAAACACCACUAGUAAUAAUAGUCCUGUGUGAAUUUUCCGUUCUUCCAAUCCUCAAAUCGAGAUGGUUUCCAUAUAUCAUCGCCUUCAUAGAUAACAUCGCGCUUUCCAUCUUUAAUUACAGAACUGUCGCUCUUAAGUCCCACUGAGGAGUUUAACCCACAAUAUAUAAACAGCUCUAUUUCUCUCUUUCUCCUCCCAGACUCAAGACCUCAAGACUUCCCAAUAUGGCGACAGCAUUUUUAACUGCGUCAUUCCAAAGCUCUUACACAUUCCACGCUCUUCUUAAAACGUGCUUUGGUUCGAAAGUUUAUCUCCACACAGCCUUAACUCCACAGCUAAAGUCCUUAAAACGACAUUUCUGACUCAUGAGGGGAGGGGAUUCUUGUUUAAUCGCAUAGGAGAAGAAGGGAGAGUUUAUUCCCCCCCUCCCCCAUCAGUCAUUUGCCGUACCUUGUCUUGGCGUAUCUUCUCAUGUUUUAUUCUUAUCUUGUUUUGUCAGAGAUCUCUUCUGUUAGCAGUCUUUACUCCCCCUUCUUUCUUGAAAUAUGUGCAUUCCUUUCAUCCAAAUUGUUUCUUUUGAAGUUCUUGCAUCUAGUGGCGCGAAUCAGGGACGGCGUCCAGGAGUGCCGAAAUCCCACAGGAGGGCUUUGUGCCUAGUGCCCCCACCCCCACAAAUUCGGGGGUGGUAAAGGGCACAGCAGGCAAGGGCCGCCCCCCCCAAUCCUGGGGGGGGAUUAAGGAGGCUAAUUACCCCCAUCAUAGCCUCCAAAUUACCUCGUGUGGGUCGGAGAAAUGUUAUUGUCAGCCAUCUUCCAAUGCGCCCCCUAGUGGCCCCCUGGGACCCCUGACCAUUAGGUCCAGUCGUGGCCGACUCUGGGGUUGCGGCACUCAUCUCGCUUUAUUGGCCAAGGGAGCCGGCGUACAGCUUCCGGGUCAUGUGGCCAGCAUGACUAAGCCGCUUCUGGUGGACCAGAGCAGCGCAUGGAAACACUGUUUACCUUCCCGCUGAAGUGGUACCUAUUUAUCUACUUGCACUUUGAGGUGCUUUUGAACUGCUAGGUUGGCAGGAGCAGGGACCGAGCAACGGGAGCUCACCUCGUCGCGGGGAUUCGAACCGCCGACCUUCUGAUCAGCAAGUCCUAGGCUCUGUGGUUUAACCCACAGCGCCACCCGCGUCCCUACCUUGGAUUAAAUCUAUGCUUCCAGGUGCCAUAAGAAAGCUGCAGAGAUAGUGCAGGAUAGUGCGCACCCCGGAAAUGAUCUCUUUCAGCUUCUGCCUUCUGGAAGAAGAUACAGGGUUAUAAAGACUAGGACUAGCCGCCUGAGAAAGUUUUUAUUCAAAUGCAAUUUUGGUUUUAAAUGCAGUGUAAGGUAGUCUCUAUGGGCGUAUAUUGUAUUUAAUUAUGGGGUAUCAGAGUUUUUUAGGGGGCUAACCAGGCUGGGAUAGCUGGGAUAGCAGGCUUGUUGGUUUCUGAAUGUCUGCUGUAGAUUUUCAGUUUCGUUGUUCUGUAUGGGACAGUGACAAUAAAGAUUAUCGUAGAGAUGGCAGCAGCUGCUGCCCAGAGGACUCCCAAACGAGAGGAGGCUGAGGGAAACCUCCACAAGGGUGUCCCCAAAAAGGGGUGAGAGGCUGGCAGCUCUUCAGGCAAGGGGUGACGUAACUGGGCUCCUGAGCCCCACAGGGGUGCAGCAGAACGAGUGUAGUUGGUUAAGGGAGCCGUGGAUUCAGCAAGGUUGAAAACCUCUGGUUUAGGCCACUUGGCCAUUUUGUGCAAACACUAUUAACUUGAGAUGGUUUGCUCAGAAAUAAAACCCAAGUUAGCAGCCUAUUAAAGCUUCGCUGCAGAGGAAGCCAAAUCUCCAGACACUCUGGGGGAUUGCAUUAGAUCACACCAAAAUGUAGGAGUUUGUCAUAGCAGUUCAUCCCAGUGGGUGCUCACAGGGCGCAGUAAGGGAUUGGCUACACAGCCGGCCCCCUGAGUCGACCUCAGGACUAUUAUUAUUAUUAUUAUUAUUAUUAUUAUUCAAGCAGAAUCCCUGAGGUCUGCCUGAGUUCAUUUUAAAAGCAUGCAUUGUUUUUAAACAAAAUAGUUUGUCCCCGAUCUAAUAACUGUUUUUUAAAAGUACCAACUUACUUCCGAGGGAAUUUAGGUAACUUCAAAUUGGGGGAGGGGGAAUCAAAGGUACCUAGCAGCAUUUAAAAACUUGGUUGUUUUUCUUUUGCGGGGUGUGUGCGUGUGCGUAUCUUUAUAAAACUGUGGCAACUGUGUUGAGCGUGAUGCCAGAAAUCUGAAGAAAGCCCUCCAGAUUUCUCUGUGAAACUCUAUAAUGUUGUUUAUGUACAUUGCAACAGUAAUGGGAGAUACAUAGGGUUUCAUGUUCCUCAAAAGAGUGAUACAGCUAAGGCAACGAAGCAUCCCUUGUCUUUUGUUUUCCAGCUCACAGUUAACGAAGCCGCUGCUCAAUUGUGUGUGAAGGAUAACGCACUGCUGACCCGGAGGGACGAACUCUUUGCACUGGCGCGACAAAUAUCCCGAGAAGUUACCUACAAAUACACUUACCGGACUACCAAGUAAGCUGCUUUUUUUUAAAAAAAAAAGGGAGGGGAGAUCCUAAUUGCUUUAAUGAGGUUUAUUGUAUCAGAAAACCUGUUUUUAUUUUUCUUGUUCUGCAGUCAGGGUCAUAGAAUCAUAGAAAUCUAAAGCUGGAAGGGACCCUGUCAUCUAGUCCAACCCCCACGACCCUGAAAUCAAGAGUCCCAUUCCCUCCCUAACUCAUAGUCCUGAGCUGGCCCAAUUGCCUUCUAAAUCCGGCCUGCAGACGGUCCGGGAAUCAGCGUGUUUUUACAUGAGUAGAAUGUGUGCUUUUAUUUAAAAUGCAUCUCUGGGUUAUUUGUGGGGCAUAGGAAUUCGUUCAUCCCCCCCCCCAAAAAAAAUAGCCCGGCCCCCCACCAUGUCUGAGGGACAGUGGACCGGCCCCCUGCUGAAAAAGUUUGCGGACCCUGAAUUGUGCACACCCCACCCCACCUAUUGGGAGCCCAUGAGUCUUGGCAUUUCCACACCACAUUUUUCCUAGUUGUUGCAGAAAAUUGUACUUUUCGUAGAUCAGGUGGCUUCAACAGGGUUGAAGUUAAAAAUCUGACCCCAACCCCGACACGCUAGCUUCCUUUGUACAGGGAGGUUUUUUUAUACAAAGGAGCAUUUAAACAUUCAAAUCUUUCUCCACCGCCCAUAAUCUCUAAUGGUAGUCCAGCAAGAUUGAACCUUACGUCAGGUUCUUAAACUACAGGACGUGCUUUGUGAACCUAUCUGGAAAUUGAGGCUUAAAUGAGAAAUUUCAGUUUUCUAUCUCUCUGUUGCAGGCAAGGAUUUUUCCAAGGUGUUUCUUUUUCUGAAGAUAAGUGUGCGCUACCUAGUAAAAACAAAACAAAAUGUGUUUUCAUCUCCUAGGUCUAAAUGUGGAGAAAGGGAUGAACUGUCACCAAAGAGAAUUAAGAUAGAGGUACUGUAUUUUAAUUUGUUCUGUUUAGUUGUAAUUGCUAAAACCGACUUGCGUGAGAGAGGAAAGAACCAUCAAGGCUUCAUUUGGUGAACGGCUAUGUUCUGCCUCACUCUCCCAACUGAAAAACAAAUCCCUUAAAAUACAAUGCGUUCUGAAUAAAUAUGGUCCGGUUUAUCAAAGGUUCUGUAGUAGUCACUUAAAAUAUGAGGGCAGUUGAAACAAUAUAGUGGAGCUUGUGAAGUUGUGAGUUUGGAGAGGAAAAGUUGACCAGUAAUCAGGAUAAAAUAGAUAUAUGUUCCAUCUCCCCCUUCACUGCCCCAGUUUUAUUUAUUUAUUGCUUUCAAUGGGCAGUUUGAAAUUGGUGUUCACCCUUUUCACAGCAUUUCUACAGUGGAACAGGCACAGUAAAUUCCUGCAUAUAUAGAUUUUCUUUUACAUUUAGUUAUAGUAGCAGUAAAACACACACAGCUGGCCUUUUGCACAGUUACACAUGUUCUUCCCUGAAAUAAGUAAAAGGAAAAUACCCGCCCAUGAGGAUGGGGGAGAGCUUUUCCCCAAAAAGCUUACGAGACCAGGAUGUCCCUACUUAUUUUUUUUUUCAUUGAGAAGAUCAGCAGGUAUUAUUUCAGCAGAAUACCAGGGGGAGAAAACACCGAUCUGAAUUUAAAUAUUUCACUUUAUAAAUAUAGGGCUCAUUUUACUGGAGAAUAUUUUUAGGAGUGGAAUUUGACUGAUGUUACAUCCUCACCAUAAGGCUCCUGUCUAGCUUCAGCUGUAGAUCAGUUAAUUGAAGCACAAUCUUGUGCAUGUUUGCUUAUUCCGUUGUGUUAAAUGGGGCUUGCUGAGUGCAGCCACAGUGCCAUGCUAGAUAAACACUGAAUGUUUAUCAGGCUAGGUUGUUGUUGUUGUUGUUGUUGUUAAAAAAUUGAUUUCUAUACUGCCCUUUAUUAAAGAUCUCAAGAGUGGUGUACAACAUUAAAAUUGUAUUUUAUGGAGCAUAAUAAUAAAAACAUAAUUAAAAAGCAUAGUAGUACAGUGGUACCUCGUAAGUUGAACAGAAUCCAUUCCGGAAGUUUGUUCAACUUCCCAAACGUUCGGAAGCCAUGUCGGAGGUGUGGGUUCCAAAGAACGUUCGCAAACUGGAACACUCAAGUGUACAGUACAGUGGUACCUCUGGUUGCGAACGGGAUCCGUUCUGGAGCCCCGUUCGCAACCUGAGCAGAAUGCAACACGCGUAUGCGUGGGUCGCAAUUCGCCGCUUCUGCACAUGCGCGUGACGUCAUUUUGAGUGCAUGCGCAUAGCUGUUAACCUUCCCUUUUUGGCGGGAAAUUCCCUUAUCCCAGCGCCAUUUCCCGCUGUUAUCCCGGAUUGUUAGAUAUCCCGUAGACUGUCCCCGGGACAGGUGAGGCUGCUGAUCCCUUAUUUUCAAAUCUGAAAGUUGACAGCUACGUGCAUGCCUGAGCGGCAAAACCCAGAAGUAACCCAUUCCGGUACUUCCGGGUCGCCGCGGGACGCAACCUGAAAAGAUUUAACCCGAAGCAUCUUUAACCCGAGGUAUGACUGUGUUCUUGUAUAGUAUAUAGUUUGCGUAGUAUACAGCAUAAUAAUAAAAAUAAUCAUAACGACAGUCCCCUUUCUUUAACAGACCAUAGAUUAUUUAAUGGCUGAAGGCCUCAGUAAAGAGGGAUGUUUUGCCUAGUGCCUAAAGACAUAUAAUGAUGGCGCCAGGCGAGCGUCUCUGGGUAGAGCAUUCAACAGAUUAGGAGCCACCGCAGAGAAGACCUGUUCCCGUUAUGCUCAUAGUAAACCUAUUGAAAUAAAGUAAGCCUCACUUAAGUGUGACUGACAUUGGAUGUUGCCCUUUAUUCCAUCAUGGUUUUCUUCAGGCAAAUCAUGAUCCUCUCUACCUCCAUUUGAGGAGCACUGGCAACAAUUUUCUGCACGUCUUGCUCAGUUAUACGGUUUGGGUCUUUUUGUGCGCUAGAGCAUCGUUUGACCUAAACACAAAUAAUUUUGUUGAGUAGGUGGAAUUCUUAUUUUAUUUUUGGCUGUUUUCAGAUGCCUCAUAAACUGUGUUUUGUUGUUGGGAUCUUCCUAAUGGAGGGAAAUAGCACGGAGAGAAACUCCUGCCAGUAGCUCUGGAAUGUUCUUGCCCUGUCUAAUGGAUCUUGUUGCCAUUAGGGAACAAUUUCCUGAUAGUCAGAAAAAUGAGCACAUGUAUACACACACUCUGGCUUAUGGAGGUAAUGACUAAACCUAGCAAAAACAUGGAAAUAUAUUCAGUAUUUUUUCAUUUGGUAUUUUUUAAAAAAUAGAUCCAGUUUUAAAUAAUGUAGCUUGCAGACUAAGUAAAUAGGCUGUCAGUUUUACCAUAAUUUCCCUUCUGUGUUGAGGGAUAUGUGAUGCAGCAGGCCAGUAGUAAUUUGGAUGCAUAUAUUUCCCUGUAAAGGAACAUUUCAGGAAAUGGUCCCUUUGGAUGCAAAAAUUCCUUUGUACAAUUCUAUUUUGUGUGUGUGUGUGUGUGUGUUUAAACUACCCUGGGAAAAUGUCGAGGGCACAUUUUUAUUCUGUAGCUGCUUGUUUUGGGUGGACUAAAAGUGAAGAGACAGGGCGAGGGAAUAAUUAGCGACUUACAUGUUCCUAUAAAAGCCAGUGAGAAUUUUGCAAGGGGACUUUGAAAGUCUUGUUCCUUUUUGUGCAGCAGGAAAAGGAAGGUAAUUGCUGCGAUCCGUUCUUGUACACAUAGCCCUGUCCCAAAACUAGUAAAGGUAAAGGUACCCCUGCCCGUACGGGCCAGUCGUGUCCGACUCUAGGGUUGUGCGCCCAUCUCACUCUAGAGGCCGGGGGCCAGCGCUGUCCGGAGACACUUCUGGGUCACGUGGCCAGCGUGACGAAGCUGCUCUGGCGAGCCGGCACCAGCGCAGCGCACGGAAACGCUGUUUACCUUCCCGCUAUAAAGCGGUGCCUAUUUAUCUACUUGCACUUAGGGGUGCUUUCGAACUGCUAGGUGGGCAGGAGCUGGGACCGAAAAACGGGAGGUCACCCCGCCGCGGGGAUUCGAACCGCCGACCAUGUGAUCGGCAAGCCCUAGGCGCUGAGGUUUUACCCACAGCGCCACAUGCGUCCCUGCGUCCCAAAACUACACCCUAGUAAAAGGUUGCAAAAUGCCAAACAUCUACGUGUUUCAGGACUUCCGGGACAGCGCCAUCGGCAAUGGCGGAGUUCCUCUGACCGAGAGGAACCCGCUCUGUGAAAAUCGGGUCUUGCCGCCGCAGCGAAGGCGGAGACCCUUUAAAAAUCCCAGGCGGAGGAAGCCUGGGAACGUGGGAUUCGGCUGACACCAGGAGCGCCUCCCCUACUCGCAGGGAAACCCUUUUUCGGGGGUCUGAAGCGACGUGGGGUGAGUGGCGCGGUGUUUUGAAUCAACUGCUACUUUUACGGAGUGAAGCCGCACAGCCGUUGCCAGAGAGCACUGACUUUUUUCCUGUGGACAAUUGGACUCUAAACAAGUACCCGUGAGUAGAACGGAAAAUUUGAUUAAGUAUUAAGAAAUAUUUUAAUUUGGCACCGAAACGGGAAGGUUCUAAACAGGAAGUCUGCCUCCCGUUUUUUGUAAAUAGAUUGAAGCAAAAACUUUGUAAGCUAAAGUCUGGAAAGUCGUAUAUAAAGUUCUAAAUUUCCUUCAUUCAUCACCACCAAAACCCCUCUUGGAAGCAGGAGAAAAGAGGGGGAUUUUUGACUGUUUAAGCCUGCAGGAGAGAGAGUAAAGAAAGAUAAAUUUUCCACCGUCUCAAACCUGGGAACGAGGUGUCAGAGACAGAAAUUUAUGGGGAAGUUCAUCGACUGUGAACGGAACGUCUUUUGACAGAUAGUAAAAAAAAAAGAGAGAGAAAUAAAUUGACUCCAAUGUUGCUUCUUGCAAUCAAAAGAAACAAAGUAUUUGAAAAGUGAAAGUAACUUUUCUUUGUUGGUCCUGCUUUUAAAAGAUGGAUACAAAUAGAAAUUGUCUCCUCUAGACGGAGCUUGUUAAUUUGUUGCCGGAGCUGAUCUGGGGACCUCACAGCUGUAUGAUUAGGAUCGUGAGACCAGACUCUAACCUUGGGGGAAAAAAUGUGUUUACAAGAAGUCUUGGUGCUUGCUUUUUGCAAGACAAGUGCUUUUCUGGAGCAGAUGCAUGAGAAGAUGGAUUUGAUGACUGUUGCAGUUAAAAACUUUGGACAAACGGCGAAUACCCAUAUAGAAACCAUUCAGGAACCAGCCCAGGAAUCUGUUUUGAUAGAGCAAGCACAAGUGCAGAAGAAAAUGGAGGAGGUUGCUGUUGAACCUCAAAUAACACAAAUGGAGAGAUCCGAGGCCUUGCAGGAGUAUAAGCUGCUGUUCUUGAAGUUUGAAUCUGGAGUGGACCGGGGGGGUCUGGAGUUGUGAGGGCUCUUAAUUUUGGAAAGACUUUGAAACAUGUUUUUAAAUACUUUCUAGAUUACAGUGUUGACUGUGGGGAAUGGGACUGUGGGGAAUGGGCUGAUCUGCUGAGGAGAGAUGGAGAUACUUUUGGAUUGGAGUCCUCCCGAGACCUACCCCCCAAUGAGAAAGGAAAGAAAAUAAGAAAAAGAUCAACAAAAGACAAAGUAAAGGGCAGGUAUAAACAAGAAGAAGGCCUGCAGAAGGGACAUGGAAAAGACUUAAGAGCCUCGGACAUAAGAGCACCAGGUUGAUGGAUUAGAUGGAUGAGAAAGGACUGACAAAACCCGAGACCAGGAAGAAGAGACGAUGGAUGAAGAUUGGAAGAAAGUUUCAAAAUUUAUUUAGAAAAGUAUUGUAAAAUUAAUGAGUAUUAGAAAAAUGGUGGAAUGAAAUUAUUUGGCUUUAGCAGAAAUGUUAAAAAGAAUUAUGUAAGAAUGUGUUAUGGUUAAAAGAAUUUGGUAUAUAUAAGAUUUAAGUUUUAAGUUUUAGGGUUUUUUAGGGUAAGAUAAGGUUAAAAUAGAUUAAGGUAAUUUAAAUGACAGAAUAUUGUGAAAGAUGGAAAGGAUUUGCUGAGAUAAUUAACAACUAGAAUACAAAAAGGGAGGUGUCAGGAGGUCAUUGAAAUAAGUUAUUGAAAGUUAAGGAUUUGGGAAUAUUAGACUUGUUUUUUAAAUGUUUGUUUAUUUUUGUUUUUUGAUUUAGAUGCAUUGUGUGUUUUGUUAUUUAUUUAUUUAUUUAUUUUGACUUUGGUUUUUAUUGAUCUGUAUUGUUUAAUUGUCAUGUUUAUCUACUUCUUUCUUUCUUUUUCUCUUUCUCUUGUCUUUUCUUUCUUUUUUCUUUGUAACUUUAAAAUUCUCAAUAAACAUCAUUUUUUUUUAAAAAAAAAUCUACGUGUUUCAUAUAUACGUGGAUUGUACCUGGUGUUAGUCAUACUCAGAACAGACCCACUGAAAUUGAUGGCUAGGAGUAACUUAAGCCCAUUAUUUCCUGUGGCUUGAUUGUACAGUCAUACCUCGGAAGUCGAACGGAAUCCGUUCCGGGAGUCCGUUCGACUUCCAAAACGUUCGGAAACCAAGGCGUGGCUUCCGAUUGGCUGCAGGAAGCUCCAAAGGAAAGCAGAGCAAUACGUUUGGCACCAGCUUGGCUGCAGGAGUUGCUGGCAGGAGGCGUACAAGGCACCACCCAACCAUCUUAGGGACUCUACUCUGGAUUUGUGUAGGAUUUAUUCCUUAGCCUUUUCUUCUCCUGAAGAUCUCCUACAAGGUAGCAGAGGUUUAUGUCCAGAGUUUUUUCCUUCUCCUAGAUGGGCUAGGGAUGCGGGUGGCACUGUGGGUUAAACCACAGAGCCUAGGAUUUGCUGAUCAGAAGGUCGGGGGUUCAAAUCUCCGCGACGGGGUGAGCUCCCAUUGCUCGGUCCCUGCUCCUGCCAACCUAGCAGUUCGAAAGCACGUCAAAGUGCAAGUAGAUAAAUAGGUACCGCUCCAGCGGGAAGGUAAACAGCGUUUCCGUGCGCUGCUCUGGUUCGCCAGAAGCGGCUUAGUCAUGCUGGCCACAUGACCCGGAAGCUGUACGCCGGCUCCCUCGGCCAAUAAAGCGAGAUGAGCGCCGUAACCCCAGAGUCGUCCAAGACUGGACUUAACUGUCAGGGGUCCCUUUACCUUUACUAGAUGGGCUACCUUCCCAGGUUGAGGAGCCCCAUUUGCCCCUCACUUCCCUCUACGGCACGUGCAGAGUCUGCCUUCUUGACCAUUGGACCAACUAUUGAUCUCGCCCACUCAAUCUGCCAAUACCUGUCUCUAUGGAGCAAGCAAGCAAAUAAUCCUUACCCCUGGUAAUGCUUGAAACAAAGAAUGCUUGCUGUUUGUUUGUUAAACAGUAAAACAAUAAACAGGGCGGUGAUGCAAUGACUACUGCAGUCAACACAGGAGGAGGAGGUUUAACAAACUGAAGGACAUCGUCUUCUUUCUAUGUUUCUCCCGAUGGAAACAUGCAGAUGGGGACAGAUAUACCCUGCUUUAAGUCAUUUACAUACUGCCUUCUCUUGUGUAUUAUUUACUACAAAGCUCAAUGACUAAGCUCUUUAGCAACGAAACAUCGGAUUACCAGGACGUCCAAGCACUGAACCAGUGAUUUAUAUCACAAGUGGACUCUUUAUUACUGCAUUUGCAAUUGUUCGAGAUAAUAUCUAUUUUGGAAUGAGAAGAAAUGAGCACUGAACCACUGAUAUAUUACAAGCGAACUCUUUACUUACUUGCUAUUGCUUAAGAAAAAACCUAUUUGGGAAAGAAAUUACUUUUGCCAUUUUUAUGGAUGUUCAGUGUUUGUUUACAGAUAGUGAUAUUGUGCCGUUUGUUUGCUAAAGACAAGCGGAAAUAUGGUUUUCCUCAUUGAGGCAUAGUAACUUUUCAAGAUUUCAGCCUGUCUGGUAUUGUUCUUGCAAACACCUCCCGUACAGCAGCAGGUGGUGGUUCCCCCUCCCUUUUAAAAAAACUUAAGUUCUUGAAGUGCUAUACAGCUUGCUGAAGCAUGAGCCAAAAACUUUUAUAGAUGACUCCUUAACCCUUACACCAAACUAUUUUUUCUCUUGCCACCUCAGUUCUCCUGCUUAGAUGAGGACUGAAACGCAGGAGCCCAGAUUGUCACUACAGUCAUACCUUGGUUUUCGAACAGCCUAGUUCUCGAACAUUCGGCUCCCGAACGCCGCAAACCCAGAAGUGACUGUUCCAGUUUGCGAACUACUUAUGGAAGCCAAACGUCCGACACGGCCUUCUGCGGCUUCCGAUUGGCUGCAGGGUCUUUCUGCAGCCAAUCGGAAGCUGCGCUUUGGUUUCCCAACGCUUUGGAAGUCGAAUGGACUUCCGGAACGGAUUCCAUUUGACUUCCAAGGUAUGACUGUACUGUUGAUUCCCCUUCUGCCUUUCCACCGACGUCAGUGCGUGUAAAACACUGCCAUUUUGAUCUCGGGAGGUGUUUAACGCCUCUUUUCCGCAGGUGGAAAUGAUUGCACACACACACACCCUCGGGGUGUGAUGUGAAAUGGUUUUCCCCCAGUAUAAUAAAGAGGAGGGUUUUCCUCCCUCCCUCUCGGAGAUGGAGGCGCCUGAGAGCAGGACUGCGUGGGCAAGCAGACCUACGGACUGCGUUGCAAACAUCACCUCUGCAGGGGGAAGGAGUUUUGCAUAAGCAACACAAAAGAAAGAGGGUGGAGGCAAAGCAUAUCACAAAUUACACCCGGUUACCUGUGAAAGCCUCCCCCCCUUCCCUCAUGUGACCUCUCCCUUUUCUCGAUGGAGUGGGUGGGUAAGUUUGCAGGGAGAGGCGGGGGCGGAAUCCCGGGAAAAUGACAAGCGCUGGGAGCCGAGUGGGCGGGAGAAGGAAUGCAGCAAUUAGGUUCGGAUUUGGGAGUAGCUAUUAAUGAGUUGCAGCGAGGUCCCUGAAUGCCUUCUCACGUGCGACGAAACAAAAGCAAUAUUUUAGUUACAUGAAGUUCCCACCCUCCCUCUUCAGCAGCUGCCUUGAUCUGUGGGUGUGUGGGUGGGUGUAAGUGUGGACUUGAUGUGGGUGCCCCCUCACUCGCCCCCUAGUCCAUGACACCGACAGCACACAAGGCUUUGUGUCUUUGUCCCGGAGGAAGCACAGCAAAAUCACUGGCGGUUGAAGGAAAGCUCUGCUCCCUCCAGCGCUGUUAUUUUGUGCAGAAAAGGGUGUGUAGCUAGGGAUGUUCCCCCCCCCAAAAAAAUACAGGAUUGAGAGUUGGCAGGGCAUGUGAGACAGACAACAGAGUCAUUACAGUCCUAUGGACUAAGCAAUACAAAGGGAUCCUGCCCCCAAGCAGCACAUCCGUAAGCGGAGGUGGCGGGAAGAUGGAUGAGAGGGCGAAACUUGAAAGAUCCAGUGGGAGUAAGAGACCUAGAGGGAAAUGGAAGGGGUGGGUGGGUAGCUGGGAGGGCUGGAUGGUGGGGGGGGGGGAGAGGUUCGGCGUUCAUGUCAGCAUGAGUUAUAAGGUGGGAGAGAAAGAACGAGGGGAAAAGAACGAGGGUAUGCCCACGCCGCUGCCAAGCAGGGCUGAAAAGCAAGAGAGUGUGGGAUUUCUUUCUCUCCCCGAAGAUCACAAAGAACAGCAGUGGUGCAAUCUGGUGUUCGUGUAGGAGAAGUGUUUGGCGGAGGGGAAGAAAGCGCCUGUGGGGUUUGGGAACAUCUGCUCAAAGAAAUCGCUUUAAGAAGAGCCAAGUUGGAAGGGAGCACGCUGGGUGUGUUUGAUAGAGCAGGCCACAGAGAGCAACAGGGAGAAAGGAACAUUUGGCUAUCAAGACACUCUUCACCCCCUUUUCAUAGAUUUUUAAAUAUUUUUUUUUUUAAAUCAAUUUUAUUAAAGGUUUUCAACAUAAAAUACAGUCAUGCCUUGGAUCUCAAACGCCUUGGCUCCUGAACAGAUCGGCUCCCAAACUAUCAAAACCCGGAAGUGAGUGUUCCGGUUUGCAAAUGUUCUUUGGAAACCGAAUGUCCAGCAGGGCUUCUGAUUGGCUGCAGGAGCUUCCUGCAGCCAAUCGGAAGCCGCGCUUCGGUUUCUGAACAUUUUGAAAGUCGAACAGACUUCCGGAACGGAUUCCGUUCGACUUCCAAGGCACGACUGUACAACAUUAAAAACAACAACAAGCAAAGCUAAUACCUUAAAAGAUCAAAAUAAUAAAAAGGAAAAGGAAAGGGAGAGUGAAAAACCACACCCAAACAAACACAAAAUUGUAUAUUCUAUCAACCUAUCUUCAGUUCACAAACAUGAGAUCCACGUCUUCCCAGCUCCCAUCUUUCUCAGCCUCACACCUGACAAAAACCACUCUGUCUCUCACACAGAUAUUUUCUAUCCAUCUUCUCUGUGCAUUCAUCUUCGUAUCAUCUUCAUAUCAUACUUAUAAGAAAUAUUAUUUAAUAUUAAUUUUAAAAACCUAUGAAAAACUUAAUAAGAAAGAGAAAAAAAUAGGUACUCUCUGUUUUUUUAAAAAACAUAUUUUCUUUCAAAGUGACAUCCCAGGAACAAGUAGGCGGGUUACGGAUUUUACUUCUUUCUUUCUUUUUUUGCGGGGUGGUUGUGACUUGGACUUAGGGCCUGUAGUGGCAGUUCUGGGUGAUGAGCUGCGAUGCUUGCUCCAAGCCACCUGGGCUCGGAAGGAAGAGUCAUAUACAAUCCUGGGCAGCUUCCAAAAAAGCAAGGGUGGAAGAGAUCAGCUGGGUAGGAACGGGUAUAGGAAAUUCCCGUCACAUUCACCCCAGACCUCUGUGUUUGUUUUCAUUCUUCCUCCAAAUAAGCAGUGUUAUCAUUCUGCAAUUAUCAGUGAAACAUGGUUGAAGCAGUGGUUUGAAUGGCGCCUUGAAUGGUGGUCAGGGGUGCCGUGGGCAACACUGGCCUCUGUCCCUUUUUCCUUCCCUCCUCUGAUGUCCUCUUGUGUCUCUGCCUCCCAAAGGCUUGCACGGUUGUUGGUUGCAGCAGCCCUGGCUACAAGCUCUCCAGGCGAAUGGCGCCUCUGGGGCUGUCCGGGGGGUGCUUCCCAGGCCCCUAUGGGGCAGUGUGAGGAGGCACCUCUCUUUGGGGCAUUGGGGAGCAGCUCAGAAACCAGGGGCGGCAGCUGCGGCUGCCCAGAGGACUCCCAAGGGCAGGAGGCUGAGGGAACCCUCCACAAGGGUGGGUGUUCGAAAAAGGGUGUAAAGGUACCCCUGACGGUUAGGCCCAGUUGUGGACAACUCUGGGGUUGCGUGCUCAUCUUGCUCUAUAGGCCGAGGGGGCCAGCGUUUGUCCGCAGACAGCUGGUCAUGUGGGCAGCAUGACUAAGCCACUUCUGGCGAACCAGAGCAGCGCACGGAAACACCGUUUACCUUCCCGCUGGAGCGGUACCUAUUUAUCUACUUGCACUUUGACGUGCUUUCGAACUGCUAGGUUGGCAGGAGCAGGGACCGAGCAAUGGGAGCUCACCCCGUUGUGGGGAUUUGAACCGCUGACCUUCUGAUCGGCAAGCCCUAGGCUCUGUGGUUUAGACCACAGCGCCACCCGCGUCCCUUCGAAAAAGGGUGAGAGGCUGCCAACUCUGCAGGCAAGGGGGUGACGUAACUGGGCUCCUGAGCCCCACAGGGGUGCUGCAGAAAGAAUGCAGUUGGUCAAGGGAGCCGUGGACUGUAAAAGGUUGAAAAGCUCUGGGUUAAAGGUUUAAAUACUACUGGUCGCAGCCACCUUCCUCCUCUCCUUUCUCUGCCGCUGCAGCCGCGGUGGGGAUGGAAAGUCAGAGAAGCUCUGCCUCGCCACUUAGGACAACUGCGUUCACAGUGCUGUGAGCAAGACUGCAGCGCUCUUCAGGUAUUCAUACCAAAUUCACGUAAAGGUGGCGGUAGAGUCACUAGUGCAAGCCCUGCUCUCAGCAAAGCCUUCCCCCAUUGAGCAGGGAAAUCUGAAGAAAGCUUCUAACCACAUCAGUUCAUUCAGCAAUGGAAGAUUUGGGCAGCACCCAUGAUUUUGGGGCAGGGCGGGGCAUCCACGAUCCCCUCCCCACCUGUUGCUUGAGCACCCAAAUGAGGCUUGUCGCAGGGGCCCUUUUGCGAAAGCUGCCCUUGUAGGCUGAUGAGCACCACGCAUAUUUAAACCAUGUCUUCUUAAAUGCGAGCUUAUGGUAAUCUGGAAUUUCUAGGGAGCAAACUUUGCAGCUUUUCGCUCUGUGAGGGACAGCUGAUUUCGUUCCACUUUGCUUCCCGUUACAGUUCCAAGCCUUUUGGCGGGGGGUGGGGGUUUAGCAAUGGUUCACCAGUGGUGCUAGUUUGUUAUUCAGAAAAAGGAGUCGUAAUUUGAUGUCCCUGUGACGUUAUGCAACAUGGGCUUCUGUUUUGUUGUACGUUUUCGUGCUUUCACAACAGAAUGAAAGCACCGUGGCUGCGUUUGGAAACUGCUUGCUGAUAAGGUUACUUAUUUAUUUCCCUUCCAUCCUAAUGUCUUAACUUGCACAAAGCAGACCUUUUGAUAUUCCUGAUUGAAAUUCCUAAAUAAAACUUCAAGGAGUCUUUUGCUACCUUAAAAGCCAGCACAUUUAUUGUGCCACAAGCUUUCAUUUAGGUAGAACAACUUGCACUCGAAGCAUUUCUUUGUGCCUUUAAAAGAACCUACUUUUGUUAUAUACUUGCUCAGCUUCAAAACCUUGAAACAUUUAUUUUUGCCCUUAAAAUAACUGCGGAAGAACUAUUCUUUUUCUCUCUCUCUCUCUCUCCACACACACCAUUGGCUGUAGUGAUGAUUUAAGACUGGAAAAAUAUCUUUAGUCUUGUGAAUCGAAACAUUCUGAAAUAGUAACAGCUCCUUUCCCUGCUUUUUCAUGUUUGCAGGAUGGCUUCCCUGACUUCCACGACGCAGUCCAGAGUUUUUACCAGCAGGAUUCAGUCAAAAUACAACAGGCAUUGUCAAAAGGAAAGUGUGAAGACCUGGCAGCGCUUGGCUCACAGGUAAACAACCUAGGGGCUGCAAUAAAAGGCUUCCUCGUAUUAAUGCUUCUUACAGAACAAUCACAGUUCUUUCCUUACAGGACACUCUGUCCCCGUUCUGCAGAUCAAGGGGUCCUUCUGACCUGGCUGCGAUCGUUUCACUUCCAGUGUAGGUGGUAUGACUCACAACUGGUGUGUGUGUUUUUUUGAAAAUGGCAUGCUCAUACGAACACACACUCGUAACGGCUACAGCUUUAUCUUCAUUCAUAGUAAGGGAAUGAAGAUUUUAACUGACCGGAGCAAGGGGCCUCUUUCAGUGUUUUCUGCCUCUUUGUCAGUACAGAGUUUGGCAUCUGGGCAGAUAACCGCACCAGAUCCCCCAUAAUCACCUGUCUAAGCUGUGCUGCCUUCGACUUUAUGGAGGAAACUUGAGACCGAGAGCUCUCAUUCUUCACCCCCUAUUGUCCUUCCUCCCUGACUCUGCCUCUUCUAAGACUCUGCCUCUGCCUCUUCUAAGGCUGGUGUGCUAGAACUUAUCACCUGCUCACCUGCUUUGUGAAGUGUAGGCAGGUGACAUAGCGCAGAUCUUGUGCAGCCUCGAUAGUGUGUUGUGCUGAUACUUCAGUGGAGACCCAGCAGCUCUCUGGGCCAUUGCAAGAUGAGCAGCGCAGAUAGCAGAGGGGGUAAUCCCUACCAGAGUGCUGCUGCCUUGCUAGAGGGAACUCUCUGCGCUGCUGAACAUGGUGAUAUCCUCUAGAAUUAUGCUUCUCUGAGAUCUCCUCCACUUCAGCCUCUACACAUGACUAGCUAGCCCUCGUCAGAAGCCCUGCCAGUCUCAAAUGCUGCCUGCUGCGAUUGUGCAGUGUGAGAUACAUUUUUUGCGUGGGAUUUAAAAAGGAACUAAGCAAUCCCUUAAAAAAGGAACAGAUGAGAAAAAAUAAAAAUAAAUAGGAAAUGAAGAUAAAUAGUGGCUCCUUUCAAAUCUUCAUAACCUUGUGUCAAUACACAGUUCUUUUUUAUGGAAAAAAUGUGGGGGAACUCGUCACAAAGUUUGUUUGUUUGUCUGUUGUGGGCCCAGCUGCAGUGCCACACGACCCGGGCAGUGGCUAAAUGUAAGAUGUGAUUAAUAAACCCAAGCAGACAAUGAUCUGGAUUAAAAAAUGCCCACGACUUCAUUGAUUACAGAUAUAGGUAGAUUUUUGGCCCAGGCAUUGGGUGUUUAUCUCUUUCAACCUCCCAGACAAAAAAUAUUAUUUAAUUUUAAAAAGGUAAGGGAACUUAGUUCCCCCGAAUUUCUGCUCAAACCUGCCCCCCCCCGGUCAAUACAGUAUAUUAUGAGGACUAAUUACUUGGCCAGUCCAAGGCAUUUAUUGAUUCAAAUUGAACUACGGGAGUGCCUCUCCUGGUAUGUCCCACAGAGGAACUUAUGGUCUUCAAACAAAAACAUCUUGAAGGUCCCGGGCCACAGAGAGGUUAGGCUGGCCUCAACUAGAGCCAGGCCUUUUCCGGUUGUUGUUCCGAUCUGGUGGAACGCUCUGUCACAAGAGACAAGGGCCCUGCAGGACUUGACAUCUUUCCGCAGGGCCUGCAAGACAGAGCUGUUCCACCAGGCCUUUGGUCAGGGCACAGCCUGACUCCCUCCUUUGGCAAUCUUCACAGAACUCUAGCCCAAUGGUUGCCAUCAAUUUGAUUUGAAUUAAUUUUAUAAUGAAAUGAUUUUAGAAUGUUGUAUUAUUUUAUUGUUAUUUUUAAAAAAAUAAUAUUUAUUAUUUUUCCAAAAUCUUAAGCACAAAAAAGACAAUACAACACAUCAAAUUAAUAAAACAAAACAAUAACAAUAAAAUAAAUCAAACAAUUUCAUUAUCCCAUCUUUCAUUCACGUAUUUCCACGACCUCCUCACACCUCCCUCUUUGUAUUCCACUUCUAUUAAUUAUUUCAGCAAUUCCUUUCCAUCUUCCUCUGUUUUCUAUCCUAUAUUUAUCUUAACUCAUUCUAACCUUAUUUUUCCUUUAAUGCUCUGUUAACCUAUCUGUACUUAAUUCCUUAUAACAUUUCUACUAAAGCCAUAUAACUUCAUUCCAACAUUUUUCUAACAUUCAUUAAUUUUACAAUAUUUCUGUAAAUAGUCUUUAAAUUUCUUCCAAUCUUCUUCCACCGACUCUUCUCCCUGGUCUCGGAUUCUGCCAGUCAUUUCCACCAGUUCCAUAUAGUCCAUCAACUUCAUCUGCCAUUCUUCCCGGGUGGGUAAAUCUUGUGUCUUCCAAUAGUAUUAUUUUAUUGUUAUUAGCCGCCCUGAGUCCGGCUUCGGCUGGGGAGGGCGGGAUAUAAAUAAAAUUAAAAAACAAAACAAAAACUAUACUUAAAUGGUAUAUGUAGGUAUACAGUCAUUACAGACCAGUACACAACAAACACAGAACAGAAGAUUACUCUGUUGUGCCAUGCUGCCUCCUUUCACACCAGGCUGAGCAUGUUUGAUUUCAUUUUACUGUCGACCUGGUUAGAUUCUCACCAUCUGGGACUGGGCAUCACGAGCAGUUUCACUUUCAGGCCUCUGAAAAAAAUAAUCUCUGAAACCACACCUGCUGUCUUGGUUUAGCCAUGCCGUGGGUUCUGCGCUUACAUUUUUUUAAUCCAUAGGAGCACUGAUGUCCUCGGAUCCCCUCCGAGGAAUGGGAACAUAUUGUGGUAGUUAUAUGGAGCCAUUCGUUUUCUGAAUCAGCGGUGAGUCUGUUUCUGUUGAUGGACUUCCAAGGUCACCCUUGAGAUGUUCAGCAUCAGUAUUAUGAGGCUCGGCUGCCAGAAGAUGUGCUAUGAGUGUCGUGACAUGUCUCUGUGCACCGGAUAACGCAAGAAAACAAACCAAACAGGACAGUGUCUCCUUGUGAACAUCACUGACGUUGUACAAGGGAAAGUUGUGCUAGAUCAAAAAGCCUGCACCUAGCGCCAUGUGAACUUAUACCUGGUUUCCAAUAGGUGGCAAGCGGCUUCACGGCAAGCAACAGAUUGGUAUCAAAACAUUUAUUUAAGAAGUUAUCAAGUGAGUCAGCCACUUCAUUACAGACAGCACCAAUGUGUCUCCUAUCAGAUUCAUACUGAUGGCAUUUCUUGCAUUGGGUUUGUGAGCUCUCUGUCCUCAGCUGAGUUUCUUCUACCAUCACAGUUCUGUCUGGUUGUGCAAUGGCUUCAUCCUUGAAAGCACUGGCGCACUCACCAAUCGAAUGCCGUUCUUUCAGUGCUGAGAGCUUCAAUUUUUACUGGUGUGGCUUUUUCACGUGGAGGAUGCUGAGCUCAUCUCCUUGUAGCUGCUUCCUGUACCUGCUGAAGACCAUAAUUACAUCAGCUAGAAAAGUCCCAAGGAAGAGUUUUUCCUCAUCAAGGAGGAACGCAAGAAAUCUGCAUGCCAGUUUCUAUUCAUACUUCUUGAAGGAGAGGCCUGGAGAAUGUCAGGAAGCUAGUACAGUGGAACCUUGGUUCUCGAACUUAAUCCGUUCCAGGUUUCCGUUCGACUCCUGAAACGGUUCGAAAAUCGAGGCACGGCUUCCAAUUGGCUGCAGGAGCUUCCUGCACUCAAUUGGAAGCCGCGCCGGACAUUCGGCUUCCAAAAAACGUUUGCAAAGCGGAAGACUCACUUCCGGGUUUGAGGUGUCUGGGAGCUGAUUUGUUCAGGAACCAAGGUACCACUGUAUUGUAUUCACAGGUGAGAAGGAAAACUCGGUCCACCUGACCUCAGAAAGCUUGGGGAGUGCAAUGAGACAGCUGUUACUGGAUCUGAAGCCUGGUGUGUGGAAAUACAUAGAGAACUUGCGCAAAGACCAUUGCACCUGUGGCUGCAGAUUAAACCAGAUUGGUGUAUGCACUGGAGAUGUGGAUCUGAAGGGAGAGAUAAAGAAAAAAUACCAGCCACCAAGAGAAACAGUUUUGCUAUAGGCAUGGGUAGGAGGGUAACUAACCCCCUGGAAAGGGGAACUUUCGGUGAUAGAGGAUGAGAUGGUCCUGCAGCAAAAGUGCUAAAGCACUUCCACCAUCUGUGGAAACGUGAUGACUUCUACGGGAAAAGCAAAAUCUGAAAGCUUGCUUUGACUUUGAUUAAGGACUCAUCUAAAUCCCGUGCACACAUUUAACCUACACAUUUUCAAAAUUACAAUUCUGCCUUUUUCCAAAUGAUCUACAUCACAGUAAUGGAAAUAGAUCACAUUCAGAGUUUAUAAUUCUCUUGGCAUUGAUAAUUUUGCACUCUCUUUUAGCAGGUUGUUAAUUAUCUUUCUCCUGUAGUGUAUAAGGCCCUGGUCUUUUUCCAGGCGAAACUUUCACACUGUUUCCCCCCACAAUCAUACUGCCAUGCUACACUUUUCAGAAUGGCAGAUUGCUGGCAUUAAAAAAAAAAAAAAAGGAUAGUGAUAUUUCCAAAAAUAAAGCUUGAGGGAAAUCUUGCCAUAAUUGUAUUUGCAAUUUUUCAAAGAAGGAAAAAAAAGUUGCUGUUGAAAUAUUAAUUGAUUGAUUGAUUAGAAAUAGGCACUCAAAAUGGGCAGGGGCUCAUUCUGAAGGGUCAUAAAGAUGUCAAAAUAUUUAAGUGGGUUGAAAAUAGCUGUAGAUUUGUUUUCCUUUCCGUUUUUUGUUUGAUUUUGGUACCCCAGUAGGAUGGGAGGGAGAAAUUUGGAACAGAGUGGUGAAUUCUGAUUAACUUUGAGAAUUUCCCCCAGACAAAUUCUGAAUUGAAGCAGCUUGCUGUAGAUUUCAGCUAAUUGUUAUUUUCUCUCAAGUCUGCAAAAACAACAACAACCCAACAACCAUGAUGUGACCAAAUGUACAAGUGUACUGAGAUUCUUCUUGCGUUGUGUUUUACCUGUGUUCCCGAGUGCUGGUACAACACCAAAAGAAAAGAAUCCUGACUAUCGCAUUAUGAUUGCUUUUUUGGAGUGUUUUAUCAGUCAGCGUUGAGAGGGAUUAAUAACCAGGCAACAACUCUCAGAUCCUGUCAUCCUUACCUUUUGCUGGCUCCCUGAUUUCUUUUUGCCUGGAGAUCACCAGCUCCACUACUGGUUGUCAGUCUCCUCCUUCCAUGAUUCAGCCUUUCGUAGAUAAUUCAGUCUCCUCCCUCCAUAAUUCAGCCUUUGUAGGAUUCCUGGCCGAGACUAUGCCAUUUCGGUGUACAGUACUUCACUUGGCAUCUGGUUGGUGUAAAACGACUGUACUUAGUAAUCGUAAUUGUGAUUGUGGCAAGUCCCUAAAUCUGCCUUUGUCUCAAUUGCAGCCUGAGAAGAUGAUGGCCAAGCAGAUGGAGUUCCUCUGCAGCCAAGCUGGCUUGGAGAGACGCCUUUCCACGGGCCUCUACAGACAAAAUUCAGAAGAGCAUUGUGCCAAUGGCUUGACAUCGGAUUAUGGUGUUGGGCAAGGUACAGUAGCUUCCAGGCAUGUAUUUGCCAUCACACAUCUGUUUUAGAAUUGUCAGCGUUUGUGAGACUGGUGCAACAGCGAUGAUUGCUAAAUUAUGACGAACUGAAAUUUCCUGUGGUUAAUGAUUUCUUGGGAGAAUAUUGUGGGGGCAGAAAUGUAGUCUGUGUACAUAUUGUGUUAGGAGAAAUAAACCCUCUGAGACCUAGAUUCCUUCGUGGUUGCCUCUCCUGCGGUUGUUCCCACCUGGCUUGGGUCAUCCACAUGAUCUCACAAGCAUUUUGCUAGUUCCAGACCAUGCCUACAAUGGCUGCUAUGAAAAGAGCUUCAUGUUUCCAUGCCACAUGCCAUAUGGAAGCAGUCAAGCCACAUGGGUGGAAGAUUUUUAAGUUGCCCUUAGGAUUGCGAGAGGAGCAGGGGCUACUACAGCUCUGAGAUAUUGUUUAUCGACUUACAUUUCCCCAAAAGAAGACCCUGGACAGUGAACUGUAAGGGAGAUGUGGAGAUCUAAAAAUAGUCCAUAAUUUCUGGCACAACAAGCCUUUUGCUUAUAUUUAUUUUUGAUUCAGAUUUGCCAUGGCCAGUGGCUAGUACAAUAAAAUUAAUUGGAAGGGAUUGGACUUACAUUUAUUUAUUUACAGUUGCCCUGUCCCAGCUCCUGCCAACCUAGCAACUCGAAAGCACACCAGUGCAAGUAGAUAAAUAGGUACCACUGUGACGGGAAGGUAAAGGGCAUUUCCAUGUGCUCUGGCACUCGUCACAGUCCUCCGUGUGCCAAUAGCAGUUUAGUUAUGCCGGCUACAUGAUCCAGAAAGCUGUAUGUGUACAAACACCGGCUCCCUUGGCCUGAAGCGAGAUGAGUGCCACACCCCAUAGUCGCCUUUGGACCUAACUGUCCAGGGGUCCUUUACCUUUCUACCUUUUACAAUGUCUUGUUUUUACGAUGUAGGUCACUUUGAGGCACUUGAGUGCAAAUAUUUCGGAAAUCUUUAAGUGGUGUAGAGUCUGAAAGACAGCAAUAGAUCAUUAAAAUGAAAACAAAUACAAUGGAACCUCGGUUGUCGAACGUAAUCCGUUGGGAAGACUGUUCAACUUCAGAAACGUUUGACAACCAAGGCGCAAUGGGUGGUCAACAAAGUCAAUGGAGAAAAUGGAAAAACUCGCCUUGGAAGCCGUUUGACUUCUGAGGAGCGUUCGAAAACGGAAGCAUUCACUUCUGAGUUUUUGGUGUUCGGGUUCUGAAUAAUUUGGCUUUUGAGGUGCUCGGAAACCGAGGUUCCACUGUACACACUAAAAUCAGGAAAACGGCAACAUAAAAACACACACACCAAAGCACAUACAAAUUAAUAAAAUAGAGAUCAUAUUAAGUUAUGAUCAUAUCAUGGUGACAUGGGCUGUUGGGGCUACCAUUAGCAGCACUGUGCGUGAACUGCCUCUCGGUUAUAGUAUUGAAUGGAUAUCUCUUUGUCAAUAUAUUUUAGGGGAAAGGCCUUUAAAUCUACGCAUGUCGAGUCUACCAAAUAGGCAUAUGCCUCACAUUUCAUUAGAUGAUGAGCCUCACGUCGUGAAGCCUCUCUGCAGUGACUUGAGCAGAUUGUACGCCAGUGCUGAAGCAAAGUCACAGCCUUCAGGUAAAAAUCUUUCCUGCUCAUAACAACUAUGACCAGGGCCGGCCCACCCAUGAGGCAAAGUGAGGUGACUGCCUCAGGCAGCAGGUUUCACAGGGGCAGCAGAUCCCAGUGGAGAUCUUCCAGGGGUAGAUCUUCCCUCAUCCCUUCUUUCCUGCUGGUGAGGGGACACCACUUUAUGGUUUACCUCAGGUGCCAAAAUGUCUUGGGGCCAACUCUAUCGUGUGAAAUUUGUGGGGCACUUUCUUUCAGGAGAGGGAAAAUAAUUUGCAGGCAUCUUGUAUAGCCUUUUAAGUGCUUAGUGAUAUUUCGGGCCUCAUUCAAAUGUUAUUUCUCCAUUUCUCCAGCAUGCCUCAGGGUUUAUAUCACAGCAGAAAUAUCUGCAAGGCCAACCACAUGGGGUGCUAGAACUGCAUGCCACAUCAGUAUUGUUUAUAAUUUCGUUUUUUGCUUAUAACUUUUUAUAAUCUUAUUGUUUCGUUUUAUGUUUUUACAUUGUCGUAAACCGCUGGCGGUACAUUACGACGGAAAGCAGAUAUAGCCUAGUGGUUAAACUGAAUUUAUUGCUGUUUGGUACUAGAAGGGUACAUUUGUGUAAGAUUUUAUAUGCUGUGUAUUGACUACAACUGGUCGAAAAGAACACUGUUGUUUCGGGUCGAUAUUUUUCUAAAAGGAAUCCAUUUUGUUGUUGCAGAAGGCCUUGGUAUCUUAAAAGAUUUUCCUCACUCUGCUUUCAACAGUCUUGAAAGGAAGGUGAUAAAGACAGAGCCAGAAGAUACAAGAUAG